CUUGCAUUUAUCAUAGAGCUUCAUUCAGAGCAAUUUGGCUGCAGAAAAUAUUAGACUGGAAAUCAAAAGACUGUUUGUACACCAAUGGAAGGAUCUUGUUGCUUGUCUCAUUUUGACUAAUCUGAUUGGAUUUAUGAUCUUCAGUCUUUUCCAUCUUUCUGAAACCAAGAACCCCUUUCAGUUGGGGCUGGGGUCCUCAACAUGGCAUCCAAAGGUACCCAUGUAUCUGUUACCUUUUCUGGUGCACACCCAUUCCUCCCCACCCUCAUCCCCUGGAAAAUGAUUUCCUAUCUCGGGUUCCUACUUCUUUAACCAAUUCCUGAUCCACAAGAGGACUUCUUAUUCCAUGACUGCUAAUUUUACUCAAAAGUCUUUGGUGAGGUACUUUGUCAAAACCAUUUUGUAAGUCCAGGUAAUGUCAAUGAGAUCACCUGACACUCUCAAAUAACUCUAAAAAGGUUAGUGAGCCAAGAUUUGCCCAAAAUCAGUUUUAUUGCCCCCCGUUUCUGCUCUGGUCAGGAGCUAUAGGGCAUGGGUAGGCAACCUAAGGCCCAGGGGCCGGAUGCGGCCCAAUCACCUUCUCAGUCAGGCUUGCGGAUGGUCUGGGAAUCAGCAUGUUUUUACAUGAGCAGAAUGUGUCCUUUUAUUUAAAAUGCAUCUCUGGAUUAUUCGUGGGGCAUAGGAAUUCAUUUUUUUGUUUUUUUUAAAAAAUAUAGUCCGGCCCCCCACAUGGUCUGAGGGAUGGUGGACUGGCCCAUGGCUGAAAUAGGUUAGUGAUCCCUGUCAUAGGGCUUUGGAUGCCGAGGUAGCUAUCUUGCCCCACCGCUCCUGGACUGCAGCUUUAUUAAAGUACUUAUAGAUCCUUUUAUACCCCCCUUAUUUGAGGCUCUGAAACCAAAUUUAAAUGCUUCUUAAAAUCUAGUAGAGGAGCAACAUUUGUGAGAGCUCCCUUAACGCAUUCAGCCUGGCCAGGCAAGGGCAAAAAUGUGCAGAGAAUAAGGGUGGAAUUAUGCUGACCAUGUAUUCCUGUUGGCUACCAACAGGAAUGAUUAAAAAUAAUAUUUAUUUCAUGAAUAUUUGGGAGAAGUUAUUUUAAUUGCUGUUUGUGAAUGUUAUGUUUUUACAAACCUUUUAACCUAUUAGCUUGUAUAAAAACACCACCAACAACACCACCACAAAUCUGCUGCUUGAUUACUGGACAAGCAACUUUUUGAGUCGAUUAAAAUUUCCCAGCUGCGUCGCGUCUCAAAACUCCUGUUUUUCUGGAAUCUCACUGAGGAAUCCCACUCCUAGGUUUUUUCCAGAGCGCUACGUUUGUCGUGGAGGGCAAGGCUCCGUUUUAAGUCGAAUUAAAAGUUGAAAAACCGAUUUGUCGAACCCAGUAGCCGCCUGAUCACCCCCCCCCCCUUCUGUCCCCUUGUCAGCAGGAGGCCUGAGGCGCCUGGCAGGAAGGAUUUCCCUUGGGAGCCGCUCUGAGGCGCGGUCGACUCGCCUCUCCUUCCCCCGGGGGCCCUUCGGCCGCCCGAGCGAGCGCGCCUCCUCACUCCGCUCCGUCCGUCCGUCCGUCCGAGCAGGCGGGCGGGCUGGAGGCGGGGAAGAGGCUGGCCGGGCCGGGCGGCUGCCCGCCACGCCCGCCGGGUCAGGAGGAGGCUGUCAGUGGCCCGUGGCCAUUGCGGUAGGGAGGCGGCGCGGGGCGUGUGCGGCGGAGAGAGGAGCGGAGCGGAGCGAGGCACAACUCCAAGGCGGCCGAGAUGUUGCGCUACAGCUCGGGCUUGACCCUCACCACCACCACGCCGAAGAAGCCCGACGGACAGGGCGGCCCUGCUCAGAGAAAGGUGAGCGGGGACGGGGCAACGAAACAGCGCACGGCGAUGAAGGAAGCUCCCCUCAGGCGCAGAGAGGGAGACCCCAAAGCGGCGGCCCCGAGCGGGUCUCUGCGAGGUGUCGGAGGCAGGGGCGCAACUUACCUCAGGAACAGGAGGCGCAUGCGCGAAGCGAGUUCCCUCAGGGGCGAAAAAAGGCGGGAAGGGCGUCGAGGCGAAACCUCGGGGGAAAUGGGAGCCGCCUCAGCCGCUGAUCCCCGCAUGCCUUCCUUAGCGCUGUUUUGGGCUUGGAUGCCUUGAAGGCAGGACCCCUGCCCUCGAGGGGUUGCUGCACUCCAACGCCCAUCAGCCCUACCCAGUAUGGCUCAUGGGGUGGUGGGGUCCAGCAACAUCUGGAGGGCUACAGGUUGAGGAAGGGCAGGCCAAGGUGGUUUUGUUCUGUACCCCUUACCUGUGCCAAGAUGCCCUUGCUCCAUAAAAGGGAUAAUCUUGCUUUACCAUAGAAUCAUAGAAUGGUAUGGUACGGUAAAAGGUAAAUGACCCCAGGAUGGUUAAGUCCAGUCAAAGGCGACUAUGGGGUGCAGCACUCAUCUCACUUUUGGGCUGAGGGAGCCGGUGUUUGUCCGCAGACAGCUUUCCGGGUAAUGUGGCCAGCAGGACUAAGCCGCUUUUGGUGCAACGGGACACUGUGACGAGUGCCAGGAAAUACUGUUUACCUUUCCACCACAGUGGUACCUAUUUUUCUACUUGCACUUGUGUGCUUUUGAACUGCUAGGUUGGCAGAAGCUGGGGCAGAGCAGUGGGGAGCUCACCACCAUCGUACAGAUUCGAACUGUUGACUUUCCGAUCGGCCGGCCCAAGAGGUUCAGUGGUUUAGACAACAGCGCCAGGGACCACAAGGGUCAUCUAGUCCAACCCCCUGAAACACAGCAAUAUUUUGUCCAAUGUGGGGCUAGAACCCACAAGUCUGAGAUUAAGCGUCUCUUGCUCUACGGAUUGAAUUAUCCUGCGUCAUACUUACUUUCAAAAAAAAGAAAAGAAGUAGUAGGAUGUUUUGGUCCCUCACAACAGCUUUAAGAUGGAAAUAUGGAUAUUGGUGUAUAAUAUGUUAUGCCUUUUGUGGAGAAAGUGGAUACAGACAAGCUUCCCCCUCUCUUUCAAGACGCACCUUGUCUCAGAUGGCACAAACCAGACUCUGGCUUCUUUUUGUUUCCAGGGUUGAGCAGUGGGAGGAGCGUCUUAGGACUUCUGAGGAGCUGGCCCCAGAACUCUGCUGUUUCACAUUAAACGGUCUAUAGCUUGUUUUAAACUGUAUUUUAUAUGACAUGCAAAGCAGGACACUGUCACAGGGCGUGCUGAUGGUCUGUGGCUCAGGUGGCUUUGAAGGGCAAUUUGACAAACUCACAGAGGCCUAGGAGGAAAUGCCUAUUUUAUUUAUUUAUUUAUUUAUAGAAAUAUUUACCGUAUAUACCACUAUGUGAAAAACCAAAACAAAGCCCAAAGUGGUUUACAGCAGUAAAACAAAACCAUACAAUAAAAACCACAUUAAAACGUUAAAAACAGAGAUCAAUUAGCCAUUGUGGAGAGAGGCAUUCUUAACUGUUUGUGUAGGCCUGGGGGAACAGAAAAGUUUUCAGUAGGUGUUUAGAAGUUGGCACAGAAGGUGUCUGCUGAAUCUCUCUUGUAGAGUGUACCACAGGAUUGGGCCCGUGAUACCAAAGGCUUGAUUUCUCUUCUUGCCAACUGAGCCUUGACAACGAUGCUCCUGCAGGUGAUCUCAAUGAUCGAGCUGGGAUAUAAGGGUUCAGGUGAUCCCUGAGGUAACCUGGACCUAAGUUGUUUAGGGCUUUGUAAAUUAAUAAUAGAUGGAUGACCUUUUGGAGCCUCCAAACUUGAAGCAGUCUACUACAGAUUACCAAAUACAAGGGAGCAACAGUGGGGGAGCAUUGUUGUCUUCAUGCUGUGCUGGUGGGUUUCCUUGAGGCAUCGGGUUGGCUGUUGUAGGAAGCAGGAUGCUGGACAAGACUGCUGGAUUCACCAUGGUCUCAUCCAUCAUGUCUGUUUCUGAGCAUGUGCAGAUUGCUCUGCCUUCUUCCGAAAGGUGUCAUUUUAAAGAAAUAACAAUGAAAACAUCAAACUCAGAAUUUCGCAUUCUCUCUCUACAUUUAUUCUGGCAAAGAAACAAAAUAAUAGCCAUUCCUGUAAAAUUCUGGCUUGUUGGCAACCUCCCCUAAAAUGUAGAAGGUGUAAAAUAUGUGUUUGUAGAGAAAGUAAUUUACUAUGGUUGGCAUGGGUGUAUCAUUGAAGAGGAUUAACCUCAAAGGUCAGCAUAUAUCUAAGGAAGUAUACAUGAAUGCAUGUGAGUUGGCUUGAGAAACCUGCUAAGUGGCUGCACUCCAGGAUCUCUUGCAGCAUCACUGAAGAUGUUUGGAUUUGAGAGUCUGAUUCUGUGCUGUUUUGUUUGUGCACCUCCAAAGUGUUGCUUUGAGCAGCUGAUGUGGUUGGGCCAACCUGGUGCCAUGCAAAUAUUUUAUUAAUCUGUACUGUAGAGGAUUAUGUGCUGGACUUUGGUAGGGGAGACCUAUGCUGGAAUCCCUGUUUAUUGAUGAAGCUCACUGGGUGCCCUUGGGCCAGUUGUGUGCUUUCUCACUUUUACCUAUCUCAGAGGAUUGGUGUGAAGAUAACAUGUGCUCUCCAUCUUAGGCCCUUUGGUGGAAAAAUUGAUUUAAAAAGUAAUAAUGAAAAGGAUCUGAGUACUGUAGUUACAUUUUUAGUUCCACCCUGAAAGGCAUGAACCCAGUGUCACUAGUAGCCAUUGAUUGAAAUUUCCUUUAUGUAAUUUUCUAAGCCCAUUUUCAAGUUGUCUAAGGCUGUGAACACAUGACUGCUUUCUCUGGCUCCAGUGUGCUCCCAAUGCUAAUGUUUGAAUCUGAGUACGUAUGACAUUAGUCACAAUGCAUAGGCUUCGUAUAAUUUGUUGAGAAAUAUUGCUGUUUGAUACAUUUUCCCUCAAACCAACUUCCAUCUGAUUUGAAAAUGUAAACUCCAGUUAGGAUGAGGUGUGUACAUUUCAGACAUCCAUUGCACAUGCGCAGAUGACAGCACAUGCACAGAUUAUGGCUUUACUGAAUAGGAGUUUGGGGUGUGUGUGUGUGUAAGUAACAAAACAGGUAAUGGUGUGUUCUGCAAGUAAAAAUGCAACUUGAAAUGCAGCAAGGGGGAACAACUUUGCUGCAUUUUAAGGUCAAAUGUAAACAUAGCCUAAACCAGUGACCCAUCUUGCAGUGAUAAAUUCCACCACACAUGUCUUAAACUGCAUGUCUCUUUUACUGUCUUGGUUAAAGAAUUUGGAGGGCUGCCUUUAGCCUUCUGAGAGAAGUUACCCAAAACACACCUGUUCAGUAAAGCAAAUGUAAAAUAAAUUGUUAGUUAAAAGUACUUUGACUAUUGUAAAUUUUCUCCAGAGUUACUCAUUCCUCCAUUAUGCAUCCAUACUUCUGGAUUCAUAUCAAGGUAACCUGGCCACAGCUGCAAUCCUAUUCCCCACCCCCACUCCGCCCCUGACUUAAUGUGACUAGAAAUGCAGAAGUGUUGGGUUCACAGCACAUUUUUAAACCUCAUUGGAUUUAAUUUGUACCUGUAUACUUGAGAAUGUGUGCUUAUGAUGUGUGCUGGGUACAACACAUUUGUUUUGUUGAAGCAUCAGUUUAUUAUUUUUAGUGUGGUCCAAAAUACGUACAGUAUUUUCCUGAGUCUGAAGAGAAGUUGGUUGUAAGAUUGAUAUUAACAGAGAAUGGUCAGCAUAGAGGCAUUAGAUUUAGCUACUAAGAGCUUGGGUCCUUCACCAAGAAUGUUGUUAUUCAUACAUAUUAUGGUUUUUUUUAAGUGUGUACCUAAGAAGUUUGAAGUGGAAACAAGCAGGAACUAGAGGGAUAAAACUUGUGUUGGCAUAAAAGUGUAUCAUGUGUUUGCACACUCAGGAAUCUAGGCUUGGUUGUAGCUCUUUGUGAAGUGUGCUUCCAGAAAUAAACCCAGGUUUGCUGCUGCUUAAUGAAUGAAAAGGCCCGAAAGGAAUGAGGUAACAAGGAUGAUGUUGCUGCUAUCUUGGAUACUGGCAAUUAUCACUUCGAAACAUUAACUAAAACUAUGUAAAUUAUUUCUGAAAUGUUUCAUAAACCAGAUUAAGAUCUUGACUCUUUAAUGCUGUGUUAAAACACUGGUAGAUCUAAUGAAAGGGCUGUUAAAACAGUCAUCCUCCUCUAAAUAGCUUUUCCACUAAUUUGAUAGUGUAGGCUGCUAUCAUUCCAGGAUGCACAUUCUUUGUAUGCUGUAGGGGACAGAAAACUGAGAUCAGCUGAUAACACUUGCUAUUACAAAGCCAUUAUUAUGUUUUGGAACACUUGCUAUCUCUAUUCAUGUAGCAAAGCAACACUCAUAGGUUCAAUUUUAAUAAAAAUAGUGGAAUGUUAACACGUCUCAUGCAGUAACAUAAUGUCAAGCAAAAUUUGAUCCCAAGAAGCCUUAAUACUGGGGCAAGAAAACUCAGACCUAGGGGCCAAAUGUGGCCCUUCAGGCCUUCCAAUCCGGCUCUUGCAAUUCUUUCUCCUCUACAUUAUCUCUUUAUUCACAGCCCCUCUCUCCAGUCCACACCACUCAAUGGCCCUACUUUGCGCUGCCCUAUAAUGUCUUUGCCUGGAAUAUGUCCUUGAACUCUCAAAAUGUCUCUUGCUUAUUUGGAUGGAGGACAGAGUGAGCUUUGUGAAUGUAUGUGGAAACUACCUUACAGUACAGUGGUAAAAUUUCCAUUCAUUGCUCUUCCCGCUUUUGCUUCUGGUCUCACCCACCACUGGCAUGUUGCCCCUGGGAGACUGUCUAGAUUUAGCUGUCAGUAUGAAAAAGUUCCUUCACCCCUAUCUUAACGUGUUAUUUUAUGCCAUCUGUAAAUAUUACAGCAGGGGUCAGCAAACUUUUUCAGCAGGGGGCCGGUCCACUCUCCCUCAGACCUUGCGGGGGGGGGGGGGGGACAGACUAUAUUUUGAAAAAUAUAUAUGAACGAAUUCCUAUGCCCCACAAAUAACCCAGAGAUACAUUUUAAAUAAAAGGACACAUUCUACUCAUGUAAAAACACGCUGAUUCCCGGACCAUCCGCGGGCUGGAUUUAGAAGGCGAUUGGGCCGGAUCUGGGCCCCGGGCCUUAGUUUGCCUACCCAUGUGUUACAGUAUCACAAUACGUGUUCUCAGUUUAUUUUAUUGUGUCUUGAAAAAAUAUACUGAAAACCAUUUCAAAAUGUUUGCUCACCAAAAUGAAAGCAGUGAGAAACAAAGUUUUUCAGAGGAGUAAGGCUCUUCCUUCCAGCACUGCUGUGUGAUUUUUAAUGUAUUUUCUCUGGUAUACUGUUAUUAACUUUCCCCCCACCUAGUGCAGUCUCUAUUUAUAAAAGAUGAAAGACUCAUCAUUACCAACAAUGGAGGAAUGGUUAUUAAAAUUAUCAGACUUAGCUGAGAUAGCAAAAUUGACAUGUUUAAUAAGAAAAAAGUCAUUGUUAACAUUUACUAAAGACUGGAAGCCUCUCAUAGACUUUUUGCGUGAAAAAGAAAUAAUGACAUUUGGGUUUAAAGGCUGCAGUUUAUAGAAAGUAUUUUUCUCUUUCUCUGUUUUAAUCCUUCUAUCUCUCUUUCUCUCUUCUUUUUUCCUUUUCUUUUCAUCUUUUCCUCUUCUUUUCCUCUGGGUCUGUGUUUUUAUUUUACUUAGAUUAACUUUUUAGUUUGAAUAAAAGGGUAUUUGAUAAUUAUCUUUGUAUCACUCUUUAUAAAAUCUAAUAAAAUUUAUUCAAUUUUAAAAAUAAAUUUGCAAAUACCUGUUGUCCAUGAGAAUAUUGUUAUAGUAAUAAUUCCAUUUGCCAUGGAAUGAGUUUGACUUAUGGAGAAAACUGUUGCUUGUAGAUAGCCCUGCUUUUGACCCUUGUCUUUCAACAGUAUUUAAUAAUUUCUGUUAUAAAAACGUCUGUUUUUCUUGUUCCCUGAAGUAAACAAGCUAUCCCUUAGAAAGUUACUUUUCAUUCUUUUCACAAAGACAGUAAUGUUUUUAAUAUACUGAAAGAAGAGCUUUGUCUUUCUUCUAGGCAAACGUGUGUCGGCUACGCUUGACCCUGCCCCCUGAAGAAAACUCGCUUUCUCAGGAAAUUAAAAAUAAGACUGAAAGGACAAAAAAGGUAAGUUAACGAAAUUUUGCUGAUGUUUGCUUCACCCCUGUAAAUAUUAAUCCAUCUUAAAAAAAAAAUCAGAUGAGUCUGUUGGUAUGCACUGAAAAAAAGUUCUAGAAAUCUGCACUACACAUCACAGAUUUUGCAAAUGGAGUAAAUUUUGGUGGUUUACAAAAUUACCAACUGUUUUAUUGGAAGGCAUCUCCCCCCCCCCCCUUUUCCUUUUUGGGGAAAAACUAAGACCAAAGUGCAUAUCCAUAUUACUGUAUUUUUCGCCCCAUAGGACGCACCUAGUUUUUUUGGGGGGAAAUAAAGAAAAAAAAGUUUAUUUCCCCCCCAGGUGCGGGGCUGGGGCGGGGGAAGCCCGAGCUUCCCCCGACCCCAGCCCCCAGAACAGGCUGCUAUCCGCUAGCUGUGGGAGAGCCGCAUGACUUCGCGCGGCUCUCCCACGGCGAGCGGAGCGCUGCGCGAAGCCCGAAGCUUGGGGCAUGCUGAGCACAGCGCGUCCCAAGCUUCUGGGUGCCGGCAAGGUCUCCGCUAGCCGUGGGAGAGCUGCGUCUCCCACGGCUAGCGGAUAGCUUCCUGAAGCCUGGAGAAUGAGAGGGGUUGGUGCGCACCGACCCCCCUCGCUCUCCAGGCUUCAACGAAAGCCUGCAUUCACCCCAUAGGACGCCCACACAUUUCCCCUUCAUUUUUGGAGGGGAAAAAGUGCGUCCUAUAGGGCGAAAAAUACGGUCCAUUGUUCACUCUUUUUAAAAAGCAUGCAUAAGCUGGCCAACUUUAUUCUGAAGGAAAAGCAAGCAGAGCUGCAGCAGGACAUGGGAACUAGGUGGUUAUGCCAACGGAAACAGUCGGUUUUAAGGAGGAAUGUGAAGUAAGUAAGAGUUAUCUCUCUUACUUACACCUGUGUAAUGGGAGCAAUUCUAGGCAUAUGAAAGAGCAAGGGAGCGAGGGUAGUUGAUUUUAAGACCUAGGAUUCAGAACUGUUAUGGCUGUCUUAAUAGAGGGAUUUGAGUCACCGCCAGUUCAAAUGUGGUUAAAUCAUGAAUCUACUAGUGACCUUAGGGAGCUAUUGUUCUCUCCGCACCAGUCCCUGAUUAGUAAUGUGGGGAUAAUAAUUCUAUACUAUAGGACUGUUGUAAAUAUUACAGAAUGUUAAUAUGUUACAUGAGCAUGAAGUAUUAUCAUUUACACUGAUAAAUAGUAAUACAUAAAUACAACAAUCCCAAAACAUUCUACAGCAAAAUAUAAAAUCAUCAUUAUAAACAAUAUUCUGAUAAAAGCCAUCUACUUAACUGCUCAGAAAAGCCAAUCUGUGCCCCCAGCUCAGUCAGCAAUUUUUAAAUUCCCUCCCGUAUCUGUGCUGUCUCUAAACAUUAAUUAAAAGCUGUGAAUUCCACGAUUCCUCUUCAGAUGUGGCUGCAGUGCUGUGUUGUCAGACAAGUGCUGUGCUACACCUUCUGUUGGUGAUGCUGUUGGCCAGUUGACAGCUGUAAAUCCUCAGAGUUUUCAGUUAGGGCCCUGACCAGUGUUAGUACUGUAGCAUAAAUUUUCAGUCAGCAUCUUCUGACUUUUUGGGCACAACUAAUUGCAACUCAGAAAAUAUGUAAUUAGGAUCUUGGUAAUUAGGAUUUCCUGUGGGAGCCCCGAUUGGAUCUGGGGGAGGUUUUUGGUUCCUACCCCUACUUUUAUUCCUUGUGGUGCUUUCUUGGUUUAAAUCCUCUCCAUCUGUCCUUUGCCCCAUGGGAAGAAACAUGCAGGUGUCCAUAUGCACCUGUAUGCAUUUCCCUGCAAUGAAAAAAAUAGUAGCUGGAGGGGUGUAAUUGAAACUGGGGUGCUUGAAGGAAAGAGUUAAUCCUACACUCAUAGAUCCAGUGUGGGAACUUGCGUAUAAGAACUUUUAUAUGCAGAAAUGGGUAUGGUGCUGAAUGUGCAAGGCACAGGUGAUACUCUUCUCUCCCUGCCCCCAUGGCCUUCAUUGCAAAGUGAGGCUCACAAAGAGGUGAAGCAACGUCAAAAGCUUAGUAAUAGCUCUAUUAUCAUCACACCCACAAUUUCACGAGGCCAUAUGGAAAUAGCUGUGCUCUAUAAAUGCCAAGGUAGGUUUUGAAAUGGGGCUGGGCUUCAUUCUUUUGAGGCACAGUGUCAGGCUGGUGGUUCAGUGGCACCAACUGGAUGACCCUGCCAAACAACUGUUGUAAGCUGAUCAGCACAUUUUAUUUAACCAUUACAUGCCUCAUUGUCUUUAUGACUAAAUGUGUUUUGUGAGAUGCCAGAGUUGUCUGUGAUGGAAGACAGCCUUGCAAAUAAGUUCACAGAAACUGCUAGCUCAGAUAAAACAAUGACUAGCUUGUCUGUCCAUGUAAAUGUGUUACAACAACAGCCAGAACAAAAAAGAACCAGCUUUCUUUCUCUAUGCUUGUCACCAAUUCUUAUUUGCCAUGGGCAAGAAGUUACUAAAAAGCCACACCGGCCAAGCUAAAUGUGAUGAGGCAGCAACAUUGUUAUCCACUAGUCUGUCCUGUGAACAUAUGAAGGGUUUAUGUGUCGUUUGCUUUUAACAUGAAAUUGAAUGUGUGGGAGGUAGAGCCAUAGCUGGUGGAGGGGGGGGCUAGCCAUAUUUUUUGCCCCAGGUGAAGCCUCGAUAGCGGCGUCAUUGAGGCUCCGAGCCUGUAUCUAUGUGUAUGCAAGUGUGUGUGGUGUGUGUGUGUUUGUGCACGCGCGCCAAGCUAGAUCUUUGACCUGGGUGAAACUUGCCCCCGCCCUUGUCUUACCUUUUUGUGCUCAGUUGCAUCUAGGAAUAUUCUCACUGGUCUUCUCCCCAAUAUUUGGAUGUGUCUUUAUAUUUUAUAUAUGUUGUGAGGCACUUUGUAGAGCAUGGUUCUUUAAAAAAUGAAUUGAAAAUCUUGUUAAUUAAUAACCCAUUUCUGGGGAUGCUGCUAAGCUGGAAGAACAUCUGUGAUUUUUAAUAAAGGGUGGUUUAAAUAUAAAAUGAAUAAGAUUGCUUUGAGUAGCAGAGUGCUAAGGAAGGAAAGGGGGAAGGUUUUGUUCCAUUUCAUGCGUUGGGGACGGGACAGGACACUAAUUUCUGUUUCUGGGAGAAAAGCAAUAGAGAGGUAACAAAAAGGGCAGAGAAAGAUGGCAUUUUUUUAUGUAUGCUUAGUGUGACAUUGCUAAGGAAAGUGCAUUGGCAGUUACCAGCGCAUAAAAAGAUAUACCUUUGCUCUGCUUAAUAUCUGCUCUGGAAGGAUUUAGUUUUUUAAUAAGGCAAGGCUGGGAAGCUUCCUCUAAAACCUGUUUCAGUUAUUGCCAAGUACAUGUUCACAAAUGUUCUAAAGCUUAUAUGCCUCAUUUUGAACAGUAUUUUUCAAAGCUUGUGGCUUGAAAGCUAACCCUCUUCCAUUGAUAAGCUUUUUGUAUGUCAGUGAUUGUAAGCAUAGAACAAGGCUUUUGCGUAUUUUUCCAAGCUGCAGCUCAGCUGCCUUUAUAUUUGUAGGUAUCUGAAAACUCUGUUUGUGAUGUGGCAUUGUGUCUAUAAGAGUGAUAAAGAAAAAUGUUAACUUUGGAUGUGGAUUUUCCUUUCUUGCUUCUUUGGCUCCGGGCCAGCAUGAUUUUUAAAAUGUAGAUGUAAGCUAACAGGCAUGGUUGGAAAGCUUUCACAAUGGCCCUUAUGGACUACUGGCUGUAUUUGCAUAUAAACCAUGGUUUCUUUUAGCCAUGGUUUAUUCAAUAACCUAUAAGUCAUCUCAUAGGCAAACUGGUUUGUUUCAACAACAAGAACAACAACAACAAUACCCCAUUCAUCUGGCUAGGUUUCCCCAGCCAUUCUGGGCGGCUUAGAGCAUAUCUAAAAACAUAAAACAUCAAGUGUUAAAAACCUCCUGAAACAGGGCUACCUUCAGAUGUCUUCUAAAAGUUGUUUAAUUCUUUAUCUCCUUGACAUCUGAAGGGAGCUUGACAGUUCCACAGGGAGGGCGCCACUACCAAGAAGGCCAUCUGCCUGGUUUUCCAGCUACUGAUGUCUCAUGCUUUUGUAACUUGGUGAGUGUCUGAGAUGAGGUGGACAAACAAGCCAUGGUUAAGGAAUGCUGUUGGGUUCGGAAACAAACCACAUUUUGUUAAUGUUAAAACUAACCACAUUUUGGCUUAACAAACCAUGGGUUAGCAUUAUGUGUGAACCAGGAGACUGUCAAACAUUUAGCAGUCAGGGCAGCAGUAAAAGUCCUCUGAGGGAUCAGUAACUAGUUUAAAACAUACAAAAGGGGAAAGGAUCAGUGUUGGCCCAUUGGAAAAACUCGCAAAUCCACAUUUGGGCAAUACCUUUAUUAAAUCAAUCAAAACGUUACAGAAAAGUUUGCAAGUUUCAAGUUUUCCAGAACUCUUAAUCAGCCUAGAUGGUAAACAAAAUGUGGGGAGGGGAGAGAAGAGAAGAAAUGGCAGAUGUUGCAAGAACAGGAAGUGCAGGAUAGGAAUAAACAGGCACAUUUCACAAUGGAGGGAAGUAAACAGCAGAGUUCCCAUGGGAUCUUUGUGCUAAGGCCAGUGCUAUUCAACUUAGAAAUGAUCUAAAGUCAGGAUUGUAGUGAGGUAGCCAUUGUGCUGGGCUGAAUAUCUUCAGUUUUCACCAACUUCUUUGGAAAGAGAAGGGACCUGUAGUACAAUCUUAUACAUGUCUACUCAAUAGUAAGUCCUAUUGGGCAGAAUCCAAGUAGAUAGAUCUGGUAGCACAUUGAUUUUCUUGCACAAUGGCACUUCCCCUUCCUCUCCUCUUCAUGUUUCCCCCACCUCUCCAGAUCCCCUCCGGAGGGUUGGAAUAACCCCCAGAACAGAUAUAGGGGCUAUGGGGAGAGGAGGGGAAACUGAAGUUUCCUUUGCAUAACCAAAUGUCAUUGUGCAAGCAAUGGGUACCCCUCAAAGGGGUACUACCUUUGAGUUCAAUGACUUACUCCAAGGUUAUUGCCUAUAAGGAUUGCAGCUUUAAGGAGGAUAAAUGACAGUCUACUGAACUUUUGCAAAACCUAGGGUUUCGACAUGGAAAAGUAUGAUUUCUAAGGUGCGCUGUGCAAGAAAUAUGUCUGUGUUUGAUUUAGCACACACAUCCUUGGAAGUUAUUUCCUGACAGAUUUCCCCCCGUUUGUUACUCCCUGUCAUUGUUCAAAACUCCCAUUGUUCUAGUUGCAUUUUGCAACAGGGAAUUUCAUUAGCGUGAGCAGUUUCUGAGCUCUGAGUGCAGUACUGCGCCUAAGAUUUCAGAUUAAAACUGCAGAGUGGAAGGAGCUUACUUUAGCCAAUCAGAAGCCGUGCUUUGGUUUCCAAACCUUUUGGAAGUUGAACGGACUUCCAGAAGGGAUUCUGUUCGACUUCCGAGGUACGACUGUAGAAGGUGAAAACUCUUCAUGACAGUAAAGUGAUACCUUGGUUUAGGAACAGCUUAGUUUAUGAACAACUUGGAUUAAGAACGCUGCAAACCCGGAAGUAGGUGUUUUGGUUUGUGAACUUUGCCUUGGAAUAAGAACAUGUUUUGCUUCCUGUUGAGUGUGUUCCAUUUGUAAAUUGAGUCCCCCGCUGCUAUGGGAAAGCACACCUUGGUUUAAGAAUGCUUUGGUUUAAGAACGGAUUAAGUUCAUAAACCAAGGUAAAGGGACCUCUGACCAUUAGGUCCAGUUGUGGCUGACUCUGGGGUUGCGGCACUCAUCUCGCUUUUUUGGCCGAGGGAGCCGGCGUACAGCUUCCGGGUCAUGUGGCCAGCAUGACUAAACUGCUUCUGGCGAACCAGAGCAGCGCACGGAAACGCCGUUUACCUUCCCGCCGGAGCGGUACCUAUUUAUCUACUUGCACUUUGACGUGCUUUCGAACUGCUAGGUUGGCAGGAGCAGGGACUGAGCAACGAGAGCUCACCCCAUCAUGGGGAUUCGAACCGCCGACCUUCUGAUUGGCAAGUCCUAGGCUCUGUGGUUUAACCCACAGCGCCACCCGUGUCCCUUUAAACCAACGUACCACUGUACUAAUAUAGAGCAUCCCCCCCCCCCCAUUUUGUGCACGUGGGGAGAAUGCGAUACUUAGAAUUCUGCCAGAACUUCUUGUUCUGUGUGCAGUCUUCAAGUCCUUGGAAGAGUACAUACUUCUAAAACAGUUGUUCCCAGUUCAAACUACUUUGCUCUUUGGUAUUUCACAGAAAUAAUUCUUGGAUGUUUCAAUGUGAAUAAUGAGGGUUGGGGAGUGGCUGAUACCAAAGCAACAAAGGAAAUAUUUAACCCAGGAAAUGAAAAACUGUUUUUCAGUGUGGCGACACACCCAUUUCAAAUUGCAUAUGCUUGCUCCCCCUCCUUUCAAAACAAAACAAUGUAUUUUUAUUGAUGAGUCAGAAUUCUGAGGCAGUCUGGUCAUACACAUGUAUUACAACGUGACUUUAUGUAAUUAUUUGACACUUUAGGCUUUAUACUUAAAUUGGUUUUAAAAUGCCUCUGUGGAUGUGAACCAUUUAGCGCAAGGGCUUCAAGAAGUUACUGGUUAUUUAGAUAGAUGAUCAGUACCAAGCUUAAUUGACCUUUGUAGUCGCCAUCUCUAUUUUUCAUGGGAUUUUCGGAACCCUAAAAAUAGAAUUCUAAAAGCAUUUACUUGAAAAUAUACACAUAACUAUUCUUAAUUGAGUUCACAAUGGUGAAGGAAAGCAUCUAGUAUUUGGGAAUUGUUAGCUGCUCCAGAUUUGUUAAAAUAUUUUGAAAUUCAGAGUGACUGUAACACAAGUCUGUUUAUUUUUAUAUAGCAACUCUACCAGGUUCCCAAUGGAUUGUCUGCAGGGAACUUAUCGCACGGUGUGGUGUAUGGUGUGGUGCGUAGAUCUGAUGAUAAUCAUAACAAAGAAAUGGUGGUUUAUGGAUGGUCAACUCAACAGCUGAAAGAAGAAAUGAAAUAUAUAAGAGAUGUGAGUUGAAUUUUCUGUACAGGAUGCUGUUCAUUAAAAAUAAAAAUAGGAUUCUGCUGUAUUGGAUUUAGUUGGUUAUCACUAGUGCUUUUUUCUAAAAAAAUGUUUAGGGGUACUCUCAUUUUCCUACUUAUAUUGAAAUACUGCCCCUCAAUGAGACCAAACUUAUAUUCACAACAUGUUUAGGGGUAUGCAUCUCCCCUGCAUCCCCCCAGAAAAAAAGCACUGGCUAUCACUAUAAAUAGAUCAAUAUGUUUGGGCUGUGGAAAUGAUAAUCUACACAGAAUUGGAAGCAAGAUUCAAUAUUUUGAUUUAUAUAUUUUAUUUUAUUUUCUUAGGUAAGAUUAACAUUGGAAAAAGUAAGAAAGAAAAUGUAUGGCGAAUAUGAUGAAAUGAAACGCAAAAUCCAAGAGCUUACAAAUGAACUGGCAGUAAGUACUCAUGUACUUUAAAGGUGGCAAAAGUGAUAAGCUUAAUAAUUACUGAAUUCUCAGUACGUUGAUACUGUUUAGGGUGGAAUGAAUAAGAGUAUUUUAUUCCCAUCAAAAUUGGAUACAACAUUGGUCUGAUGCUCAAAGAUGGUUACGUUUAUAAAACAUGAAUAAGUCAGAAGCAAGGACUACUUCCACAACCAGUGUGUCUCUGCCUAAUGUAGCUACUGUUCCUUCACUCUUUUUAGCUUAGCGUGGAAAUACAGGCUAUAGGGUGCUUUCAUGCUUCCAUUUUCUUUGUCCUCCCCGGUUAAUCCACCCUUUAAAAUCUGUCUGUGUUUCUCUGGUUCUCUGUCCUGCAUAUGUCUCCAAAGUACACCCUGUUGGCCUAGCUGCCACUAGUUAGUAAGCUUUUUGUGGAAUAAUUCACAUAUUUAUGGAGGAGUGCCUCCAGUCCAUGCACAUUUCAUCUAGACAUGGCUCUCAUUGGAUGUAGGCAAGUCUAGAUCUUUCAUCUUACUUGGCAUUGUUUGUAUUACUGUGGGGUUUUCUGGUAGUGUGUUUUUGUGAUCAAAAUUACGCAUGCUGGUCAGUGUGCUGUAUCCCUCUCUCAGAUUUUGCUGCUGUAUGCAAUAUCCUCCCUUCUGUUUCAGUGAAGCAGAUCUCUACAUUCACUCUUGUCUUGGAUUUGUCGUUUUUUCCCUUCAAAGCAUUAAGCACAGGCCACCUGGAUUCCUUAUAUAGUCUCUCUCUAUACAUCUAUGCUAGUAUAUAUCUGGCUGCAAUGUCAGUAUAGUGCCAUUUUGUAUUUUGCCCUGAAGAUAUUCUGGGUCAGGUGCUUAAUGCACCUUGUGAUCAAUAUUUUAACAUCUGUAAAUUGUGGGGCAUUUUUACAGGAAUAUUAUAAAAAUAGAUAUUUGGGCCGCAAUACAGAGAGCAGUAUUAAGUGCAAAUAUUGUUUGAAUGUGACCUCUAGGACAGCCACCCACUAAUGCAUUAUUACACAUCAUUUCUGAAGCUUUGUAAGUUUCAAGUGUCUUUUGCCAUACAACAUGGGAUACUGUUCUGCAGGAACCACGAAGUCAAAGAUGAUUCAUGCCUUUGGCGCUUCUUUUGAGGAAGGUGCAUUGGGACAGCUUUAGUGGACUCUUAACGGCAGCCAGGACAUAUUUCAUUGCCAAGCAUAGAACACAACUUUACUUGCCCUUGCAAAAGUGUGAACUGUGACAAGUAAUGAUGGAGCACAUGUAUUUCCAUAGAUGCCUGUAAAACACAUUGUAUAAACAGGUAACCUUAAUACAAAACAACUGGUAAGCUUGCAGUUCCUGCUAUCUUAAGUUAAGGGGAAAAUCUUGCUUAUAUUUCUCCAGGUAUCAAGUGCACAACAAGAAUCAUUGGACAAUCACAUAGAAGUGCACUCUGCAGCUCUGAAUAGCUUCAGUGAAAUGAAUAACUCGUUGACCUCAGCCUCAAUUGAGUUGCAGGUAAAUUGCUGAUAGUAUGGUCACCAUAGAUACAUGAUUAUGUUGGCAAACAUCACUGCUCUUGCGUCAGUUGUAUAAAGCAUCGGUAGGCCAAAAUAACAAUUAGUUAAGCAUUUAGAGCUAGGACUCUGUUCGUUUAAAUAUCCAGUGGUAGAAAAGCAUUGUGAAUUAAAGCACAUAACUUACAUUUUAGAGUUAAGUGCUUACGUCAUUUUCUGCAAGAUAAAUUAAUAUAAAAUGCAGUGGGCCCACAACUUAAGUUUGCUUUACUUAUGCUACUGCAACCUUAUGUGUGGGUGUGAGGGUGGGGGAUAAAUAAAUAAAUGAAGAGCAGGGGAAACUCGAUGUUCGCUGCUAUCCAUUUAUUUAUUUCUCCACCCACUUGCACACCCAAUGGCUUUUCCUUGCUUACAGGGAUCUGAGAAGCUUGCAGGAGGGUCCUGGGAAGCUGUCAAAGCCCAUGUGCCUCCUUCCUAGAGCCUGAUGAGCAGCUUUCCACCUCAUUUAUCAGGCUUUGGUAAGGAGGCGCGAGGGCUUUGGGAACCUCCCUCGCACCUCUGAGCCUGGGCUGUUUGAGGACUUUGGGAGUGUCCCAGAGUGCUCUGGAAGCUUUUCCAGAGCCCAGUAAGCAGUCCUCUGCCUCCCAGGGAGGCAGUUUAAGGGGUUCCUGACUUUGUACAAUAUUGCCUUUGCAUGUUGACCCCGGGAGCUUAACCCUCGUGUAAGUGGUGAGCCCACUGUGUUAAAGUAUUGUGUUGUAAUGUAUUGUAUUGUGUUGUAAUGUGUUGUGUUUUGGUCUUAAAGCCAGCAUUUCAUGCUUGGUAGUCUGUUAUUUCACAGUAAUCUAUAAUGCUUCUUGGUUUAUUUUUGGAUGGAUUUGCACCAGAAGAUUCUCCUCUCCUCAUCACCAUUCCCUAUUCACUAGUAAUCCUAGGGCAGGGGUGGAGAAAUUUUAUUGGAUUCCCCCACUUUCUGUGGGCAUAGUUUGACAAGUGGAUAGGGACCACAUACCUUUCAAUCUCCUGAUAUCAAAAUGACAUCAGAGAACCCUUUUUGUUGAGAGGGUUUGAAACCAAACCAUAUGGGCAAAUGCACAGUAUUCAAAGCCCCUAUCAAAGGAUUCUGCAAGUCUUGAGGAGUGCUUUGUAAGGAGUGUUCCAAACUGGUGGGUAGGGCUAGGGGAUUUAUCAAUACAUCGCACAAAACCAGUUUGAAGUCUUUAUUGUGGUAACAAUUUUGGAAUUUCUGACCCAGCAAAAAAUCGUGAAUGCCAGCACCAUGCGUUUCACUCCUGUGCGUCACCAGUGUUUUGCUGAAGGUCCCUCCCAAGAUGCUUGAGUGGGUCUGGGGGUGGCAGCUGUGCCUGCGCCCACCUCUUGCGUGUGCUCACUCACUCACCCACCUGCCUGCCCGCAGCGGCAAGAGCACAUGGCAAGCAGCAGUGGCUUCUCUUCCUUGCUUCUGAAGCUGUGUGCUUGGUACGUGCUGGUGGCUGUGAUUGCUGUGAUUGCUGCACCUUAGCACUAAGGCAGAAUGGAGCUGCCUCUGGCUCCUUGCAUGGCACAAGCCAAUGCUCUGGAGGGUGACUCCCAGUAGCUGCCGCUUGUCCGGCAGCAGGCAACCAUCAAUAUGAGCCAGAGCUGGCGGCAGGUCCGGACCAGCUUUGGGGAGAGGCUGUGCCGCCAAUGGCCUCGGUUUCAGGGAGGCUGGUGCCCCAGGAGGCCAGCAGUGCCCUGUGGCUACUCGGCAUGUAUGGCACCUUGCAGCACCCUGACAGUUACACUCUGCCUGCCUAACCUUGCCAUGAAGUGGCAGAACCUGUGAACAGUGUCACUGAUCACCUGUGUGGCUGCCUACGAAGGGCUGCCUACUGAGUUAGUUCAAACCGCUUUGAAGUUCACAUCCAGGAAUUAACGCUGGCUGCUUGCUUUUCCCUUCCCUGCCUUAUCUCCUCAUUCUUCCUUCUUUCUAGACAUCAUGAUAUAUCACUACAUCAUGAUGUUUAGCUGGCGAUAUCUUAUGAGGUUGAAAACCAGAUAUUGCCCAGCCCUGCUGGUGUGUGGUGCUUGCAAACACCUUUAGGCUGAGCCAGGGCUUCACUUGCUUCAAACCUGACGUCAUAUAUGACAUCAAACCUAGGUCAGAGGGGUAUGGCUUGGCCAAAAUGGUUUUGCUGGCCAAAUGGAGAGGCUGAAGGUUCUCCACCCAUGCUCUCAGAAAUCUUACAUAGAACUGGGUCCUACAAAUAAUCUGUUGUAUUUGUGGGUCUCUUGUACAGCACAAACUUGGUAAGGCUGAUCUUAAAGUUUGUUCAAUAUGUCUGGUCCUUGCAUCCCUCUCAAAGGAGUAAUGGGGGGUCGGGAGGGAAUGCUGGGAGAAAAAAACAGGAAGCUUUUUUUUCAAGUUUCCCCAGUUUUUCAAGCAACUGAAUUAAUUUUGUAUUUUAAAAAAUAUUUUCACAGAAAACUUUAGUUGAUGUUACUUUGGAGAAUACAGUUAUACGAGACCAAAUAAAAAAUCUGAAACAAACACAUGAACAGUCUAUGGAAAAACUGAAGGAAAAGCAGAAACAGCUGGAAACUGCCAGAGUUGAAAACGAGCUGCUCAAACUCAAGGUAAGCUGAGGCAAUACAGUGCAUGGGUGGUGGAGGAUCCUACUGCUGAUGACGCCUGGAAAAGGAAAUUGCAGUGCCUCACAGCAUGAGGAACGUGAUAAUCUUUUCAAAACAGUGACUGGUUGGAAAGGCAGUAUCUGUGGAAUGUUAUAUCAUUACUCAUUUAUUGACACAGAAUUCAGGAUGUGUUUACCUCAAAACUUGCCCAUUCUCCUGCCCCUUGUUUUUGUUGGUAGUGUUCAUGAAUUUUAGUUGCAACUCUGUUUUCUAUUAUGAUGGGGAACAGCUGUGUAGGCUGCGAAAGCGGAGAGUGAAAGCCUAGUAUAUAUAGUCUUGGUAUUUGUAAGCUGGUCUGGGAGCCUUUUUUCUGCCGAAAAGUAAGAUAAAAUGUAAUAUAUAUAUGGUGCCAGUCCCAUUGAAGUGACCAGGAGCUGUGUUCCUGCAUAGGUCCCUUUAAUUUGAAAGAGGCCUGUGCCAGGCAACUCUCUGGUGGUUUCAGGAUUGUGUCCCAGGUUGGAUCAUAGAAUCAUAGAUUUGGAAGGGACCCUGAGGGUCAUCUAGUCCAAUCUCCUGCAGUGCAGGAUCUCAAGUAAAGCAUCCAUGAUGGAUGGCCAACCAACCUCAGUUGAAAGGCUGGGGGGUGGAGGGGGUUUGGAUUUUCAGCUUCAGGCAUAAUAUGUCUUAGGACAACUUCUUGAGCUUCUGCUUUAUGGCAUCUGAUUUUCUUCUGCCAAUAUAUUCCUUUCGCUUUCUGUCUUACAUGUUUCAUUUGGCUGUGAGAAAUGUCCUCAUUUUUUUAAUAGGUAGAAUGUUCACAGGAAGCAAAUGCAGAAGUAAUGAGAGAGAUGACCAGAAAACUAUACAGUCAAUAUGAAGAGAAGUUACGAGAAGAAGAACAAAAACAUAAACUUGAGAAAGAAACUCUAAUAGUACGUGGGAAGCUUUUUCCUGUGUUGUGUAUUAUUGUGGUGGUGGGAGAGUCUUACGCUAAACAGAACAUGGAAACCCCAGGUUGUGAGUUUCAGCAAGCCUUUUGCUGCAUAGCUGUGCCUAGUCCAUCCACUUGUAAAGAGGAAAUGGUUUUGAUGGGUUGCCUCAAGGCUAAGUGAUGGACACAUGCUUUUUUUAUAGUUUUUGUUUUGUUUUGAUUUCAACUGAACAUGUACAUGAUAUGUACAGACUAGUUUACCAACUAGUGUAGUAGCAGGAAGCCAAGUCAUCUUCCAGUGUACACUGUGGUGUGAGGAUAUAUUGUAAAACCAAUAAAAAGGAAAAAAAUAAACCUAAAUAUUUCAGAGAAGAAAAUUGAAAUGCCUUUAGUCUUGUGCACAUUUACUUGGAAUUUAAUCCCAUUUAACGCAGCAGAACUUGUGUCCAAAUAGGGAUGGAAGGAUUUGUUAAUAUUGGUUCUCUCAGUUUCUCAUUUUUUCAAUCUUAAAAUCAAUUCUCAACAUUUUGCAGCAGUUUGCCAUUAAAAAGCCCACCUGAAAUUGUUUCAGAUUUUAGUGUGAAUUUCUCCUAAUAAACAUAUUUUUGUAUGUAGUUUGACUAAUGUACAUAUUUUUGCAAGCAGUUUCUCCUAAUUUCACUACUAUAUUCGUUUUUAUGCACACUUUCCACUGUCUUAUUGUAAAUUCUGGUUAUUUGGAGAACUAUAUCACAAAAUUUGGAUGUGCAAAUUUUGAAGGAUGUCUGCAUUUUGGUUUUCAUAUUGUCUGGGAACAUGCAAAUUUGAUAGAUUUGGCUUUAAAUGUGUGAACUGAUUUUAAUUUCUCCUUCAUCUCUACUUCCAUAUAAACAAGUACAAGAUUGGGUUAUAAUAGGUUGCUUUUAAGAUAAUUUGUUUGACUUUGCUAAGAAAAAGUAAGUUAAUAAUGUUAUUUCCAAAGUGCUUACUGUCAUUAAUCUUUCAAUGCCUGUAGUUCUAGGGUCAGAAGGAUCAAAGUGGGUGUGUUUGUUGUAGCUAUAGCUUUUCACAUAGUUGGAUUUUCUGGGAAUCAUGGGGGACUAUGUGACUGCAAAAUGAACUCUGGUAGCUGAUGCUUACUGCCCUUCAGGGGGAGAGUUGUAGACCAGUGAAGGUGCUCCUGCUUUGCAUACAGAAGGCUCCCAGGAUCAAUCCCUGGCAUCUUUAGGUAGGGCUGGGCAAGACUCUUGCUGGAAACCCUGGAGAACUACUGCUAGAAUAGGCAGUGCUGAACUAUGUGAACCAAUGGUCUGAGUCAGGAUAGAGCCGCUUCCUGUGCUCCAAGCUUUCUCCAGGGUCUGGGAGAGAAGAUUUUCAGAGUGGGGAUGAGGCUGACAAGAGAAUUGGAAGCAGAGAUAUAUUUCUGAUAGAACAUUGCUUUAGGACAUUACCCUGCUUAUUGCUGAUCCUGCCUAUUUUAACCUUUUCUUCACAGUCUGAAACAAAUAGACUACUUACAGCCAUUGAAGAUGCAAAUAAGAAGAUGAGACUUACUGAGAUGAGUUUACAAGAAAAAGACCAAAGAAUUGGCGAGCUGGAUCAGUUUAUUUUGCGCAUGGAAGAUGUAAGUGUGUACACUAAAAUUCCUCAAUACAGUAAAUUGUCUGUGUGCUUGCUUCAUCCAUUUUACAAAAAUACAAAGAUUGUUUAAGUUUCCUCAGUUGUUGUGGUACAGAGAGUAUUUCGUAUAUAAAAUAGCAAUUAGGGACAGUUGUUUUUACACUUAUUCUCCAUUUCUAUGUGCACAGAUAAUUUUUUUAAAAAUAAAUAAAUAUAGUUGUAUAUACCACUAUUUGAUUAAAUGUUAUCCAAAGCAACUUGCAGCACAUUAAUACCACCCCCAAUGCUGAGGCCCUUUGCUCCUUUGGCCAUAGUGUCAACUUUCUUCUUCCAGUAGCUGUCAGGGCAAUUGACACAGUUCCGUUGUGGCAGAGAGCGGAAGAAGCAGGCUUCCUACAUCUACUCAUUCCCUGGCCUUUGUCUGAGUCUAGACCAGACUUCCUCUUUCUGUGGCAAUUUUCUUAAGAGAGCAGGGGGGAGGCACAGCCUUCCAGUGGCCCAUAGUCCUCCGAGUUAAUGGCAGGGGGUAGAGUAGGGGGAGGAAAGUUCUGUAGCCCUCCAGAUGCUGUUGGACUCUGAGCUCCCAUCAGCUGCAGCGAGCCUGCAUGGCUAAUGGUGAGAGAUUAAAGAAGCUGGAGUCCAAGAACCUCUGCAGAGCCAUAGGUUGCCCAUCACAGGGGUUAGGGUGCCAUUCCUUUUACUUCUGCAGCCACACGGCAACUGGCUCAAUAUUGAGUUUGUUUGUUGAAAAUCACAGCCAAACAUCAAAUAUGUUUUUACAAGUGACUGCAGCAAGCCUGCUGCCCCCAUACCUCUUGUGACAUUCAUAGUACUGCUGUUGAACAAGUUGUGGCAGAUUUCCUCUUGCUUCCUUAUGUCUCCUGCCCUGCCCUUUUCUUUUCAUGGACUUUGCCCCGGGUGAAUGUCUUGCUAGUUUUGAGAUGAUGGCUAUAUCUCAAUGUGAUUUAACAAGAUUUUAUUUUGAAUUUAAUGUAAGCUAGAAAAUCUAUGAAGUAGACCUAUCUUCUCACACAUCUAAACAUUUUAUUUUAGUGAUUCAAUGCCAAACCUGUUUACUUUAUAAGACUUGCACAUUCCCAUAUGUGACCAUAUUUUUGAAAGUUUAGUUUAAUUUAUUGAUUCAGACACACACCUUUUUGUACAUACUUAUAAUAGAUAAGAUAAAGCGUUCAUACAUGCUGCUAAGCCAAACUAUGUCUUAGCAUGAAUGACAAAAGGUGUGGCCACGCAGAGACAGGAUUGCAACCACUUUGUUACUCCCCAGUUGUUUUGGUGGUGCACUAAGUUGUGGUCUGCCGUAAUGUAUUGCUUGAACCCAAGCUUGUGGUUUAGCUUUCCAGGCAAACCGUGAUUAGUAAACCAUAGGAAAGCCUUGGUUACAACUCCUGGUUGGCUAGAGCUGUCUCAAUCAUGAGCUCAGUUUUGGAGGACAUGCUCAAUCAAGCCACGUCAUAGCACCACAACAUAACUGGGAAGGAGCAAAGCAGCUGCAAUUUCCUUUCCAGGAGCCCACACAUUUGCUUGUUCAUUCUAAACCAUGGUUCUAGAUUCAGGUAGGUAGCCGUGUUGGUCUGACAUACUCAAAAUAUAUAAAAAUUGUCCAGUAGCACCUUAGAGACCAAGUAAGUUUGUUCUCGGUAUGAGCUUUCGUGUGCAUGCACACUUCAUCAGAUACACUGAAACAGAAGUCACCAGACCCUUACAUAUAGUGCGGUGGGGCUUGGUUUGAGCUAGCAUUUGGUUUGAGUUACCAUGGUUUGAGUUAGCAUUAUGUGCAAACCAGGCCAAUAUCAAAAUGAACAAAUUGCCGCAAGCUAAUAUCUUUCAAGGAGGCAACAAUUCUAAAAAAAACUCUCUAGAAAGUACACUUUUCACUGCCUGUCUAAAAGCAGGCAGUGAUGGGGGAGGGCACGCCUCUCUAAGGAGAUAAUUGCACAGUUCAGAGUCCAUAAUGGAAAAGUCCCUUUCCUUUGUGGUCAGCUGCUGCAUCUCUGAUGGUGGAGGAAGAUGAAGAAGGUCCUCGUGGUCAGUGCAAUUCAGCCAUUUUCAUCGAUGUAUUGUACAAUUCACUCCAAGCUGGGGGGGUUAUAGCCUGAAGUUGUUGCUGAGGAUCACAUUCUGAAACACGACUUCUUUGCUGUUGGAAGACUAGUUUACAAUUCCAAUUAGAUGCGGGUGUGUGUGUGUGGAACUCAUCAAGCAAAGGAUUUAAUUAAUAUUGGAACACCACAGUGGCAAUUAAUAUGAGCAUAGGAAUUUUCUUCCGUAGAAGAGAAGAUUAGUGUUCACAUAGCUGAGAGGGGGAAACACCCACCUUAUGCUGGUAACAUAUGCCUGUAUACCUGAUCCAUUAAUGUGCAUUGGCAGUGUGCAGUUUUUGAAAAUUAUGACAUAAUAACAACUCAAAGAGAGAAUGAAGAAGACUUUUACCCUUGCCAGAUUCAAUGUCCUUCCAUCUGCAUUACUGCAGGGCAUAUUUGAAGGCAAACCAUAUUCAGAGCAAAUAUGCCUAUAUGGUUUGAAGGAAGUCAAAACUGCUACUCAUGCCCUACUACAUUGUCAUUAUUACAAAGCUAUACUGUACGUUCUAUGUUUAUGACUCCAGUCAUGCAGCAAACCGCAAGCAGAACUGAUGAUUGCUACUUAAAAUACUUAAUAGAGGAUAGGGAACCAGAGAUUACCUUAAAAGUGGCUAAAUUUUGUGCUGCUGCUAUAAAAUUAAGGGGAUAAGCUUUGAAUGAAUCUAACAGCCAGUGUCUUAAUAUGUUUUAAAUUAGUGGUUAAGGUUUUAACUUAAAUAUUGUAGCUGUUUUGUAUCUGAAUUAUUUAUCGUGUAUCAGCUCAUAAAACUUAAUUUUAAUCUAUUAUUAUCUGUAUGCUCUCUGUUGUUGUAUAUGUUUGCACUCUGGUCAGACCGAAAUACAUCAGUUCAUUCAAAGAUCUCAAAGGCUCUCUAAGUGUACGGAUACCUUUUCCUCCUGGACUCUAUUUUGGUUCCAUUUCUAAUUUGGCCCUGAUGUGAGGAUAAGGUGGCAGUGCCUGGAGGCGUUUAUGUAAGGGAUUAUUCAAAAAUUAUAUCCCCCACUUGUAGUCUGAAAUGGUACAAUCCACUCUUAUCACCUCAUUCUGAUGCAUAUGUAGACCAGGUCUCAUUCUUCAAUAUGAAUUUUGAGGCUAAGCAACUACCUGUAUCCAGGUACAGUGUUUAGUGCAGAGGGAAAGACGGCAUGAAUGACUGGGCAACCCAAGUAGGAGGUAGAAGUAACAGUGUUGAAACUAGAACAACCUUUUAUGGUGGUUUUCAUCAGUUUGGAAGGGCUGGAUGAAAAAUAGCCAUUCAUAAAGGUGUCCUGUUCUGUGAGAAUUUGGGGCUGUUGGGGGAAGCUUGAUGGUGUCCUUUCAAAAGGCCAUGACAGGAGUCUAGGGUCGUGGAGAACUCCCAGGGUCUUGCUAUGGUAGUUCUACUAGCUGUUGUCUCUACCAGCCCUUAGCCCCAACUGAAGCCUUAUCUGUCUUGUCUCUGCUGUGCUGCUGAAAGCCCCACCUCCCCUGUGCCAACCAUUUACAGCUUUAAAGGUAAAGCACGAGCACUAAGAACUGGGCUCAGGAGUCAAUGGACCUUGUUUUUUUUUAGUCUACGUGUUUGGAUCUCUAUGAGCAGUGUGUACAUUCCAAUGAAAAGUGUUUUGUAUACUGUAGUUGAUUUCUUACAUGUUAAAAGACAGAAAUAUAUAAAAAUGUAUUUUCCCACAUAGGAACGCCAUCAACUGCAAAAGCAACUCAUAGAAUAUGAAAUACAACUUAACGGAGCAAACCUUCACAGUCAGUCAGGCAGACAAAGGUGAGGUCUUGAUUCUUUCUAGGAUUCUUGAUGCUCAUAAACUAUCCCUAACUGUAGUUGAUAAUUAACUUUGGAUGAUAUAAUGUUAGAAUUUUUUUUUUUUAAUUCCCAGCAUGCCAUAUAUACUGCUACUAUCUGCAUUCUCUAUAGAGAAGGAGCCCUGUACAAUUAUUCCAUAGUAAUUUGCAGUGGUGAUUGCUAUGGUGGGGUCAUCACUGCCGUGUACCUGGACAGGGCUGGUGGGGAGGAGGGUGGCUGCAAAGUUGAGGUUAUGUUGUAAAGAAAAUCCAGUGGUCUUGCUGUGCAUCACUGACCUUACUGCCAUCCCCCAGUGCCAUCCAGGUAAGCUGUAGUGAUGUUGAUGGUGGGGGGGGGUCUUUGUGGCUCCACCCCACCUACUAUUACUGGUAAUAUGCAUGCAUGGAUUCUCAGUUGUAAAAAAAAAAAAGUUCCUUUAGUCGUCUUUGUGUGGAAGACCUUAAAGUUUUCUUCAAGGCAUUAAAAUGUCUCAGGCAUUUCACUUGUCUACAGGACCCGACUAAAGGUCAUCUUCUAAUUUGGAGAAUGUUCAUUACUGAGCAGAAGAGCAUCACUAACAGUAUUUCCUUUGAGAAUUUUAUGUACAUUCUUUCUUCCCUAAAAAUCCAGAUUUUCUUUGAUACCUUGUGGGCUAUUUUCUGAGAACCAUUUAUACUUUCUUUGCCCAACAGCUUUUAUGGUGACGAUAACAAUUAGGAGCUCAAGUCCUGGAAAACAUGGAGAAAGAGAAGGGCAAUUAAGAAAACUAUGCAGAGGUGUGCCUUCCAGUCAGGAAAAUUAUUUGACAGGAAAUAUUUAUAAUGGGAAGAUAAGAAGAGCUGGAUCAGACACACCAAAGUCCCUAGGGAUCCAGUCUGUCUGUGUAUCCACAUGUUGAAGGGGCCUUUCAUGCAGGAGCCCCUCCAGGUGGGCACAGAGGCAUUUGUUGUAUGAGGAGCACCUAAUCUGCCACGGGGAGAAAAUCUGUGAGGAAAUUUGAACUGAGGACAGUUUUACAUAACUCUGUCAAGCAGGCCUGGACAAUGUGUUGAUGUAUCGCCCAGGACCGGUAUGAGGGGCAGACCAUGAUGGCAACUUCACUCGGCAGCAUACUGCAGGAGAAACCAGUUCCGCUGCUGAGUCCUUCUGCCACCAGUGCUGCUUUCAACAUUGGGCUGCUGGUAGCAGAGGGACUCAGGAGUAGUGGCGGGUUCACCCGUGAUAUACUGCUGGGUGAAGCCUUCUCACUCCCCAGCCGAGCUAUACAAAGAAGCCCUAAGGUUCCUCAUGCUUGCUUGCUUGCUUGCUUGCAGGCAAGCAGGAGGGACUUUGGGGCUCGCUCAGCUGGGGGGCAGGAGCCUUCCCACCCCCCAGUUGAGCAGCACAAACAAGCUGUGUGGUCCCCAGCACCUCAUGGGUGCCUCAUGAAAGCGCCUCAGCUCCUGCGGUGAGAGCCAAAGCAGUUUCACCCCGUGCAUUGUGGGUUGGGACCAAUGCAGCUCUUGUUGUUUCAGCUUUGUGGUGUAUCGCCAGUUUGCAAUGUUUGACUGGUGAUACAUUGCAAUGUUGAAAAGCUGACAUCACACAGCCCAGAUGCUCCAGAAUGUACUCAAAGGGCGGGCAAGACAAGAUUUGAAAAGCUGCAGCGCUGGCCCAAAGCAUACAUGAUGGUGACAGCCACGUCUGCCCCAUUCAUAGAUAGACUGGUCUAAUUUUAACAUUAAAAGGGGUAUGCAAGUGGGGUGGGUGGGAAGUCCAACUCUCCCUAGCCACACCUGCCCACCUUCCAUCUCCCUAUCUUUGGGCCUAGUGGGACGCGGGUGGCGCUGUGGGUUAAACCACAGAGCCUAGGACUUGCCGAUCAGAAGGUCGGCGGUUCGAAUCCCCGUGACGGGGUGAGCUCCCAUUGCUCGGUCCCUGCUCCUGCCAACCUAGCAGUUCGAAAGCACGUCAAAGUGCAAGUAGAUAAAUAGGUACCACUUCGGCGGGAAGGUAAACGGCGUUUCCGUGUGCUGCUCUGGUUCUCCAGAAGCGGCUUAGUCAUGCUGGCCACAUGACCUGGAAGCUGUACGCCGGCUCCCUCGGCCAAUAAAGCGAGAUGAGCGCCGCAGCCCCAGAGUCGGCCACGACUGGACCUAAUGGUCAGGGGUCCCUUUACCUUAUCUUUGGGCCAGGCUCCAGCACCAGAAAUGAGUUGUGCUGAGAGAAAAAUGACUGACUGAAAGGCCUUUGGCAAAGUGGGGAGGGUUCAGUUUCCCUCAUUUGUAUGGUCACUUUUCUGUUAAAAUUGGACACACACCUCUGAACAGGUAAGGCAUGUCAACAAAAUGUGGCUGACACCAAAUGAUGUAAAAAGCAAUGGGGAGAGUAUCGUUGCUGUUACACUCAGGUUAUAUGGGCUUCCCAUAAUGAGCAUCUGGUUGGCUACUGUGAGAAGAGAAUGCUAGACAGGUCCUUUGACCAGUUCCGCUGUAUACAGGCUGUUCUGAUGUUCUUAUUUACAUCAGCUCCUCCUCCACUGCCACACCCCACCACUACCACUUGUUCAUCUCCAGCCUCCAUUUUUUUGCUCCCUUGCUACCUUCAGCAUGCCAGGGCUUCCCUGGGCUGUCUCCAGUUGCCUCAGGAAGCAAAAAAGAGGGGGGGGGGUAUUUUCUGUUUUGCAUCAAGCAGCAAAUGUCCUGGGCUGGCCUUGUUGUACAUACAUAAGUUAGAACUUUCACUUGGAGUGAAGUGAGUUUGUUUUGUCCCCAAAUGAAAUGCUGAUGGAUAGGAUUAUUGAUAUGUGCCACUUAAAACCUUCCAGGGAUUGUGGCCAAGUAUAAAAUGUACCAGGGGAUGUAGGUGGCGCUGUGGGUUAAACCACAGAGCCUAGGAAUUGCCGAUCAGAAGGUCGGCAGUUCGAAUCCCCAUGAUGGGGUGAGCUCCCAUUGCUCGGUCCCUGCUUCUGCCAACCUAGCAGUUUGAAAACAUGUCAAAGUGCAAGUAGAUAAAUAGGUACCGCUCCAGCGGGAAGGUAAACGGCGUUUCCAUGCGCUGCUCUGGUUCGCCAGAAGCGGCUUAGUCAUGCUGGCCACAUGACCUGGAAGCUGUACGCCGGCUCCCUCGGCCAAUAAAGCGAGAUGAGUGCCGCAACCCCAGAGUCGGUCAUGACUGGACCUAAUGGUCAGGGGUCCCUUUACCCUUUACUUUUACCUAUAAAAUGUACCAUGCAUACAUUUAACAAAUUAUUUUCUAAAAUUAAAUUCUAAAAUCUCCACCAAUUUUUCAAAUUAAAUUGCUUCUCAAUCUUCCACCUCCUCUGAUUCAUACUCUAAAAUAGAUUACUUUGCAACUGAUGAAAAGCUUCCUUUCUAUAAGGUAAAGAUCAUCUAAGGCAGGUGGUAGUUGGCUUACUGAAGACAAUUAUGAAUUUGUAGAUAUAUGUUGCGAAUUGGACUAGAUGACCUUUGGGACCCUUCCAACUCUAUGAUUCUGUACUUCCCAUUUAUGUGUCAUUGGUUUUAUCAUUGACAGACCUUUUUUUCUUAAAGUAUUUGAUACAGUGUUGGGGAAGCAGCUAUUCUACAGAUUUAUAUCUUACUAAUUAAAAUUUACUAAUUUAGUAUUCACAUUUUUGUUAGGUCACAUCAGUUAGAGGAGGUUACAGCUAGUCUGCGAGAACGAAUCAAACAUCUGGAUGACAUGGUUCUUUGCCAACAGAAGAAAGUCAAGCACAUGGUUGAGGAAGUAAGUUGUGGCAUUUUUAUUUAUUUUUUACUCUGAAUAACCUAAUAUUCUAAUGUGAAGAUUUUCUUAAGGCAGAGAUUGGAAACAUAUUAUCAAAUAGAUGUAAUUAUCAUAAAUAUUUUUUCAAGAACAAUCAUGUUAAAAUGUUUUUAAAAUGUUAAUUUAAAUUUUCACUUUGACCAAUCACCGUUAUACCAGAAAUCAGACAAUACGGUCUGUGAACAACAACUUCUUCUUCUUCUUCUUCUUCUUCUUCUUCUUCUUCUUCUUCUUCUUCUUCUUCUUCUUCUUCCCCUCCUCCUCCUCCUCUUAUCAUCACCAUCACUAUUUAUUAUUAAAAAUAUUGCUGUUUUCUUAAUGAUCUUGGCCAAUGUGGCAGUUGGAACAUGAAAUGCAAACAUAAUUUCUAGCUAAUGAAGUUAAUGUCAGUAGAUUUUAUUGUUUAUAGCCAAUGGCCGUCACAAUACAGUUUGAGCACAAAUCACACAGCUACAAAGGUACAUUUAAGGCUCACACAGUUUUAUGGAGGAUUGUAAAGCAACUGAAAGAUAUCUGUUUGUUACAUUCUCCUAUUUGUAAGCCCGUUAUCUGCCAUAUUCAAAAAUACUAGUAUAAGCAAAUCAGCUUCCCACCUCCCUUUGCUGCCUGCUGUAGAGGCUUCUUUGUGCUUGUCUUUGAAAGGGUUGGCAUACUCCCUGCCACUGAAAAUGUACCUCAUGUUGUGCAUCAUGGUUUUUUCUGUGUCCAUUUUCUCUGAAUUGACAUGGUUGUUUGUGAGAGCCAAACUGACCUCUAAUGGGUCUAAGCAGGCAGCAAUUUGGGAUCUCUGCAUUGGUAGGUUUUUGGAUAAGAAAUGCCAGCACAAAGUAGUGUCCAACUAGUCAUUAUUUAUUUUCUAUUUCAAACAAGUAUUCUUUGGAUUAGAUUUAAACCAGAGUUAAUUUUAUCUACUUUAUGCAUCCUGUCCUGUUAUAUAAUCCUAGUGUGAUUAGCAACCUCAUUCAGAGAUUGUGGCUAACUCUGGUUCAUGAUAAACAGGAAAUGCAUUUUUAUUUAUUUAAAAUAUUGCUUAACCACCCUUCAUCAAAAUGUUAUAGGGUGAUGUACAAAAGUGCAAAUAAAAUUAAUUCACACAACAUAUAAAUAUUGGACACCGACAAAUAUUACAAAAUACAACAGUGGCACAAUCUUAUGGUCCCUGGAGGAUGUACCAAGAUUCAAAAUAGGAUUGGAUCUAGUCACCAAGGUACGCCUUGGCCCACCCAGCACCAGUCAGUAGGACCAAAAAGGGGGCAUGUUUGGUGUUCCACAAAGCGGCUUGGACCCAAAGACUCCGAAAUCCUCCUGGUGCCAUGAAACCACCUGGAACACAGUGUAUUUCUCCACCGUCGCUUCUGCUCUAGCAUAUCAAGCCCAGCCACACAUGAAGGUGGUUCAUCCACCUUCAUCCCCCACCCUUCCAGAAAUGCACGCUCAAAGUACAGUGGUACCUCGGGUUACAUACGCUUCAGGUUACAUACGCUUCAGGUUACAGACUCCGCUAACCCAGAAAUAGUGCUUCAGGUUAAGAACUUUGCUUCAGGAUGAGAACAGAAAUCGUGCUCUGGUGGUGUGGCGGCAGCAGGAGGCCCCAUUAGCUAAAGUGGUGCUUCAGGUUAAGAGCAGUUUCAGGUUAAAAGCGGACCUCCAGAACGAAUUACCGGACAGGCUAUGGCAGAAGCCAAAACAGCGAGCGCGAUCCAUCCCGCUCGCUGCUUUGGCUUCUUUACCUUUGCGCAGCCUCUCCCGGCUGCAGCGAGCGGGAUGGAUUGCGCUCACUGCCUUGACUUCUUUAGCCUUGCGCAGCCUCUCCCGGCUGGAGAGGCUGCGUGCGGCUAUGGCAAUUCCCCCACCUCCCGCAAAAGCCACAGGAGCUGCACACACUUUAAGGAGUGCGCGUCUCCUGCGAGCUUUUCUACGAGGAGGGAGAAGGGACUGACUGGCCGUGUCAGACCCUUCUCCCUCCUAGGGAAAAGCCUGCAAGAGUCGUGCCAAGCUUGUGUGUGGCUCUUGGGGGCUUUUCAUGCCUGCCUCCCCCCUGCAUUCGCUCCACAGGACGCACAGACUUUCCCCCUUAGUUUUUAAGAGGGGAAAAGUGCGUCCUAUGGAGCGAAAAAUACGGUAAGUACUUAACUCAAGGUACCACUGUAUUGAAAGCUGAUAUGGUCCAGCAGAUUUUCAUCUUAACUGAGCCUGGCUUUGUGCAAGCCAUUAUGCUUAUUUGAGGGCCAAACUAUACAUUAUGUCAGUGGUUUUCAACCUUUUUGAGUCCACAGCUCCCUUGACCAACUACAUUCUUUCUGUGGCACCCCCUGUGGAGCUCAGGAGCGCAGUUAUGCCACCCCUUGCCAGAAGAGCUGGCAGCCUCUCACCCUUUCUCGAACACCCUACCUUGUGCAGUAUUCCCUCAGCCUCCUCUUCUCUCUCCUCUCCUUGGGAGUCCUCCAAGCAGCUGCUGCUGCCAUCCCUUGUCUCUGAGCUGCCCUCCCUGCCCCAAAGAGAGGUGCCUCCUUACACUGCCCCACAGGGGCCUGGGACUUGUCUGUCUAUUCCCAACAGCAAGGAUUGGUGGACUGGCUGGCUGGGCUCUCUUGCCCGCUUGCUUGCUUACUUCAGCUCCUGGCAACCAGCACCCCCUGUCCAGCCCCAGAGGCAGCAUUUGCCCUGCAAGCUUGUAGCCAGGGCUUCAACAAACAGCUGUGGAAGCCUUGGAGAGGUAGAGAUGCGAGAGGGCAUCAGAAGAAGGAGGGAGGGAGGGACAGAGGACAGUGUUGCCCACAGCACCCCUGACCAUCAUUCAAGGCACCCCAGGGUGCCAAGGCACACUGGUUGAAAACCACUGCAUUAUGUUAAUUGUAUAGAUUCAGUUAAUACAUUGUUGUUGCGGUUUAUUUAUUUUAAAAAUAUUUAUAUGCUGCUGUAUCAUAAAAAAUAUAUCACAGCGGUUUACAAGCCCAUGGUAUCAAAAGCAGCUGAGAGAUCAAGUAGAAGUAAAUAGUAUAUAGCAGCCCCAGAGAAGCUUGAGCAACCUUGUUCUCUUCCGUGCCACCGUCCCAACAAAAAAAUGACUUUCUGAAGCUGCUAUUUUUAUUUCAGCAGAACCUUCCCCAACCUCCAUGGUCAUGCUAUUUAAAUAACAAAAGCCACACUGAUAAAGCACUGAUAACAUUCAUGCAGUUAAUGUCAUGCCUAGUUUUGCCCUGAGCCUUGCAGUAUCUGCAAAAUGAGAAUGUUAAUACUCUACCUCUCAGGAUGGUUUGAGGAAAUGAAGUCAGUUAUACCACACUUUGCUUUAAAAAAAUGGCAUCAGAUGCUGAUGUGAGUUCUUCAUGUACCAGCAACUCUACAACCUCUCCCUCUCUCCUUCUCUCUCAUUAUUUGGUAGCACAGGAGGGGUUUGCCUUUAAAAUGAAAGAAUAACCAACUUCAUGGAAUGUGGCUAUACAACCAUCAUGACCAGUUGCCACUGAUAGCCUGAAAACCCUCCAUUAAUUUGUCUAAUCCCCCUUUAAAUCAUUGAACUUUGUGGCCAUUGGAGAAGUGAAUUUGCUGUGUGAAGAAGUGCUUCCUUUUUUCUGCCCUGAAUCUUCCAACCGUCAGCUUCACUGGAUGGCCCUGAGUUAGAACUCAGGUAUUAUUAGAGUAUUAUGAGCUCAGUAUUAUGAGAGGGAGUAGUUUUUUUCUUUGUUCACAUUCUUCACACUGUGCACAAUCUUAUGCACAUCUAUCACGCCCCACUUUAUUCCCACUUUUUUCUAAACUAAUGCCCAAGUAUUGUAACCCUUGACAUUUGUGGUUACCCUUUUCUUCACUUUUGUGCUCCAAGUUUCAUUUCCUAGCAUUUUUGUUUACCUCUUAACGAUAUUAGGUGAUUUAUAAUUUGCAUCAGCUUUGUCUUUAUGUUGAGCAGUUGUGUAUAAUUAAUGCUUGUACAGGGCUGUAAAUAUGUAAGUAGAACCAAACAAAUAACAAACCUGAAAAACUAGUUUAUAGGAACUAAUUUAUAUGUAAAAUCUCUUAGAGUUUCUGGCAGGUGUUGCUGUCACUUACAUUCUAAAAUGAAGAAAGCCAAGUAGCAUAGAGGAGGAAGGGAGUGAAUUAAGCUGCAUGCACUAUGCCAGGGGUCAGCAAACUUUUUCAGCAGGGGGUCGGUCCACUGUCCCUCAGACCUUGUGGGGGGCCGGAUUAUAUUUUGAAAAAAUAAAUAAAAAUGAACGAAUUGCCCCACAAAUAACCCAGAGAUGCAUUUUAAAUAAAAGCACACAUUCUACUCAUGUAAAAACACACUGAUUCCGGACCGUCCGCGGGCCAAAUUUAGAAGGCGAUUGGACUGGAUCCAGCCCCUGGGCCUUAGUUUGCCUACCCAUGCACUAUGCCAAGACUAGAAAAAAUAAUUGUAUGUUUGAAUGUGUGAUAUUUAACAGGGAUAGAAAUCUUUUAGCUCACUGUAGGAAAAGUUGUUGUAACCUGCCAUUUGUGAAUAAUAAGGAAUUAAUGGAUGGAUGAAGAAACAGAUGAUGAUGAAACAGAUCUGACAGACCUUAAAAAGAGAAAUUCAGAGUAUGAAUUUGGUCUAUGUUCCUUGAAAAAAUGUCAUGAUGGCCCAAUCUUCAAGAAGUUCCAUUUCAGGGAAUGACCAGCCCCUAUAGUGAAGGUGCUGUUUAUCAUAGUUACUUUCCUACACCAUUCCAGUAAGGUUUGGAUAUGAGAGAUUACAUGCAGAGAUCCAAUAACGUUGUUACUUGCAGUGCCAGUACUAACUCUUUGUCUCUCCCUGCCAACCUCUUGGAAGGCUGGAAAGUAAUGACAUAAUACAUCUCAUCUGUGUGACCUCCCUGGUUCAGGCAUUACUGAAACGAUAUAGGUAGGAACUACAGAGAAGUAGCAACGGCUCUGUUAAGAACAAGCUUUAAGCGUGAGAAAUGCUGUUUCCCCUCUACUGUGGCCAAACAUUUUGUUUUCAUGGUAUAAUUUGUGGUAAUUGUUUUGCGUUGCCUGCACAUACAGCAUCUGGAAAUUAAUGGAGCCGCUGCCAAGCUACACAAAUAUGAUUCUCUUGUUCAUACACUUUACAUUAACUCUACAGAAAUUCAUAUAGAAACAGCUGUCUAAAAUAUGAACAUCCUGAUUAGUAGUUAGUUGGAAGCCCAGCUGUAUUCAUAUUUUCCUUGGAAGGAUCAGGAAGAAGAGUGGAGGAUAGCAAAGUGAUAGGCUCUUUCAGGAUUUGGUGUUGGUGACCCUGCCAGACCACUCCUGUACUUAGUUCCCUUGGAGAGCUCAAAAAUAUACUUCUAAUAGAAAAAGACAGCAUUGUUCUCUUGAUAUUUCUUGGAAAAUGUGUUAAUCUAGCUUUACCCAAGCCCAUGCAAAAUAAAUGGGAGUAAAACAAACCUUUAAGUAAAAAGCUAAUUUGACCAAGCAACAAAAAGUACAUUUUUAGUUUGAGAAAUCAUGUGCUACAAAAUAGCAUAGAAAGGAGAAGAGCAAAAAAGUCGCUGUUUUGCUGAUUACACAGAACCACAUUUAACACCCUCAUUAGUAAGCCAUCUAUUCUCUCUCAUCAUAGGAAGAGGGUAAUUGUCAAAGCAGUGCUGAUUGAUAGAUGGGAAUUUACAGAAUGAGCCAAAAAGGAGUGGUUUGUUUUUUUUUUUAAAGGAAAUAUAUCCCUUGGUUAAGGAGCUGUUUGCAGAAUACAGAUUUAGAGUGACAUUCCCCUAACCAACUGAAUUGAACUGUCUCUAGGUCAUGGCACAUGAGCUGUUCUCCACAUUUAGUCUCAGAUUCAUUGGAAGAUGAUAAAUGGUGACUACCUGAAACAAAACGAUGGAGAGAAAUAACAUGGAUGCACCACAACCAAGGAAUAUUCUCUGAUCCGUUCUGUAAAGUUACCCUAUAUACCCAGGCCAAACUGAAUCUUGAUUCCUGUAGUUACUUCGAAAACUCCAGUGUGGUAUGAUGACAAUGUUUGUUUAACAGGCACUUGAAAACCCAGCUGUAGAAGAAGCAAUUCUUAAAUGCCCUGUUCAUACAAACUCAAGCUUUUGCAAGCUGUGCGAUGUUGCAUAUUUUUCCUUCCCACAAAAGUUACUUGAACACUGAAUUAAGCAACUAAAAAAAGAAGACAAUGAACCAGAGAGGUCAUGGGCUCAACUUUUUGGUGGAUCUGAGAAAUGUGUGCCAUAAACUACAAAGUUACAUUGUGGUAGGGAUGUCAGUUCUGAGCACCUGUAAUGCAGGAACAAAAGCAAAUUUCAGAACUGUACCAGCUGCUAAUUCCAAUCCAAUGCUUGUGCAAUAUAUUCCCAAAACCAAUUACUUAGGUACUUAUAGUAGAGCACUAACUUGUUGUAUAAUUGACUGGAAUUAUAGUAUCUGUAAAAACAAACUCAGCAAAAUGACAAUUUUACUGAAAGUUUAUGUAGAGUAAAUAAUAAUAUUAGUAAUGGACUGGAAUUUUCAAAGGGCAUAAGAGGGAGUUAAACUCUAAUCAUAAAUCUCAGUGGGAAAGUUUGGGCAAUGAGAAUUUUGUGAAUCUCUUGGGGAAACUCCACUCCAGUUUGGUUAGGUUAGACUCUAGACAGCUUUUGAGUAGGCACAAACAGAAACAUUCAGACUCCAAGGCUCCACUAUUUAAAAGCCUACUUUUGAGUCAGCCUUAUUUUACUGGAUUUAAUAAACAAUGGAAUGUAUUUAGGUUGAAAUCUGAUCUUUCUUGCAUAUAAUUUGUCCAUUCUGUAACUGCACUUUCUGUCUCUUGCAUACAAUCAUGUUUCUGGUGUCUUUUAUAUCUAACAUCAUAUUCACACAAAAAGCAAAUGAACAAUGUGGCGGAGGGCCUUGGCUCAGCGAUACAGUGUGCAGAGAGCCCCAGGUUCAAUUCCUGACAUCUUCAGUUAAAAUGAUCUCUGUAUGAAAUACUGGGUUUGCUUCUGCCUAAGACUUUGGAAAGCCUCUAUAAGUAUAAGGCAGCUUCAUCUAUGCUCCUCUUCUAUGAAAGCCAAUAUUGUUUGCCUCUGUUACACUGCAUAGUGUAUGAUGACAAUGAUAUUGCUUUAUAAUUCCUGGAAUAACCAGAAGGAGGAAAUGUCUAUAGGAAAUGCCUAUGGACAACAUCCUGAAGAACAGGGACUUCUGGCCUUAAAGGGAAAGGAGGAUUAGAGAUUGUCCAAGAGAGGUAUUGAAAUAACAGGAGAUGAUGGGAAUGAAUGAUAAGGAAGUAUUGUCAUGAAAAAUGAUGUGUUUUGAGGGGAGGACAUAGAAGUGAAAUCAUUUUCAUUUUUUAAUUAGCUUUUGUUUCUUCUUACAAGUUACAUGGACAUAAUUUCACACACCACUCUGCUCACUUCUAAUGGCAGCAACCCCAUUUUUCUGUUAAUCCUGAACAUUGGCCCUGUUUCAUAUUAUACUGUGAAAUGUGCUUGAUGGUACCAUAUGCUCAAUUGAAUCACUGAAGGCACAUAGUCGAUGCUGGUGGUGAGUGGCUUGAGAUCUCUGGAGCCCAGUUAUGCGAAGUGCCCAAUAGCACUCUCUCCUGCCAUUGCUGGUGUUUAUUCUUGUCGAUAGAACUUAAAUGCAGCAUUAUCUUUUCAUGUGUUAGGAAUAUGGGUUGGUUGUUUCACUUUAAUAGAUCUUGCAAAGUGUCAAGCUCCUUUAAAUGUUUUAAGUAUUAAUCUGGUUUUUAAAAUGCUUUAUCAAAACAAUGCAAAGAUGAGCCAAUAACCUUAUCAGCCAGUGCACUUUUAUUUUAUGCAGUGUUAACUGCAUAAAAAUACUAUUAUGUAGCAGCAACAUUUUGUGUUACAAGUUUUAUUUUAAUAAAUGUUUUAUAAUACUUUUAAACUGCUUCCAUUUUCUUUCUUUUUAAAACCCAGGCUAUGUGUCAUUUUUGGGAAGGCAAAGUGUGUUUCUGUGAGGCUGAGAAGCAAUCCUUCUUAGCUGACUUUGGUGCUAUGUUGCCAUCUCUUUGAACGCAUCCCCUGGUCGAGCGACAGGUUCUGGUGCACAAUGCUUUAGACAAUUACUAUUCCACUAGUUGUUAUCACGCUGUAAAAGGGAUUCCCAAUCACAGAAGGUGAGGUCCUUCCAACAUGGCCCAAGACGGCAUCAGCUCACCCAAUGGGCCCUCUCCUUUCUCUCCUCCCCCUGCAUCCCCAAAAUCUGCUCUGGAGAACUAGGGGACCACACAGAGCAAAUUUUGGGGGCAUCUGGAGGCUGUAGAGGGGAGAAUAGAAACUAGAUGUCCACUGUUGCACAAGUGGUGGACUGUUAGCAAGGUCACUUAAAUAAUGUUGGCAAAAUCAAGAAAGAAAAGAAUUCCUGAUGAAUUUGAAGAAAUAAACAGAAAGGUUUUGACUUCUUAGGUCAGGCCUAGUACAUAACAGGGAGAACGUCAACCAAACAUAUAGAGAAAAACUCCCUCAGAACUACACAGCCAAUUAGGGCAUCAUGCCACUCUGCCUAGUUGCUAAGUAACACCUCCCCCAUCACCCUCUUGGCUAGCUGACCUUAACACUAACAGAAUAUAACCCUUUUCUUGCACACGGCAUGAUUUUUGCUCUUGCACUAACAUCAAUGGAUGUUUCCCAAUAUGUUUAUUUGCAAUUCUUCCAUGAUUCUAUCAAUUGUAUUAAUGUUCUUUAAUCUGUAGCCAUGGGAUUUUACACUGGUUCCAUUGGGUAUGAUCCUCCCAAAUAUUUAAGGGUCCCUCCAGGUUUUGUUUCGGGCACUGUAUUCUGCAACAUGUCAAUGAUCCCAUUAUAGAGCAUCAGUGGUGCAUCAUUCUGCUUUAUUAUUUGUUCUGUGAUGUUUCCCCAAUGUUACUACAUUAUUGCUGUCUGGAAGGGCGCUUUUGACAACAAAAACAGGUCAAAAAGUAAAUCUGAAUUUUGUGGUAUAAAAAGUUACAGAAUUCCGGCAGGAAGCUAUGAGACAUUCACCAAAUUGAAACAAAGCAGCCUGUCCACUCUGAAACUUUGUGUGCACAAAGAGUAUAUUGAAAGUGGGAUCACAUAUAACUGUCCCAAUGCCAUCAUGAACACAAAUAAUUAUCAAUUCACAAUAAAAAUGAUAUCUUGCAGUGGGGCUAGGUAAAUCCUUGACUCUCCAAAUAAAAUCAGGAGGACUUCUAAAAGUGCUCAACUUUUGCUGGAUGACGUUCAUCGUAUUUCAGUGGCUGCUUGUAUGUUGCUUUAAGCUCUGCUGUUUGAGAAGAAAUGGGUAAAUAGCACACAUUAUAUACAUAAUGCUUCAGCAGUUGAUCUUCUGUAAGUGCAUUUCAGUGGUAGCUGAUAAACGCAUAUGAGUGGUAGUUCCCUUUAGGUUUCUAGAAGCAACAAUGCUGAUAGAAAAUUUUGCUUGAAAAAUACUCUCAUUUUAUCAAUGUCCUUCUUGUUACAUUUCUUCUUUUCUCAUUUGGCUCAAACUUUUUGUUAUAUAUACAUCUGUAAACAGUGGACUUGUUAAACAUCUAUUUUAAAAGUAUUAACUUGAAUAAAAGAUUAGUUACACAAUCAUAGCAUUCUAAACACAUUUUAUGCAUGUGGGUGUAAGUGUAGUGAUAGUUUUAGAUGGGAAUUUGGUUUAUUUUGAAUAAGAAACCAAAAUUUCUCAAGAGCUAAUUAAAAUAAACAAUCCCUUUGCUGCAGUUUAUCUUAUUUAUUUAAAAAAUAUUUAAUAAGCAAAGGUGAGUGCCAUUCAGAAAUCUUUUUAAUUAGGUGUACAUUUUAUAGAAAAUUCCUGUUUAUAUUGCUGUGAUUUUAUUUUACCAUUCUCUUACAGUGACGUAGUAAAAGCGAUUUAUUAUGAUUUUCUUUGGCUCACAGUCCCUGUUGUUGAAUUUAUUUGCCCAAACAGGGAAGUUUAUAGGUGCACUUGUCUUUGUUACCUCACAUUCAAUACGAGUGGCAGAUGGUACAUAAAGCACAUAGUCUGCUAAUGUGCCAUUAUUAUUAUUAUUAUUAUUAUUAUUAUUAUUAUUAUUAUAUUUCCUGCCUUUUUCCCAGUCUGGGAUGCUAGGUGGUUUACACAGGUAAACUAGAAAAAGCUAAAAACAUAGAAAAUACUAUCACUAAAGGAUAAAAAAUUAGGAUAAUCAUUACAGGAUAAAAAAGGUGUGCAGUGUGCUUAUAUCUGUCAUUUGUGCUCAAAGGGGGUCUAACCAGUCCUCCUGUUCUUAAUUCUGCAUCUUCUGUUGGCAAUUUAAGGCAUUUGCUGUAAAAAUCCCAGAACUUAAGUCCUCUUGGAUCAGACCCAGUACCAAUCUACUCCCAACAUCCUGUUCUCACAGUGGCCAACAAGACGCCUCUAGGAAGCAAACAAGCAGUACAGCAGCCAUCAUGACUAGUAGCCACUGACAUUGCUUCUGUCCUCCAUGAAUUUAUCUAAUCCUGUUUUAAGGCCAUCCAAGUUUGUGGUCAUCAUUACAUCUUGUGAGAAUGAAUUCCAUUGUUUAAACAUACUUCAACAGCUGAACCCUGGAUAUGCUUCUUGGCUUUGGACUGGCCAAUGUUUCUGAAAUAUAAAGAAAAUACUAAAUAGGCCUCUCAGAUAUAAAGGAAGUAUUCCACCCCACCCCCAACCCCGAGUUCCAAAUAGUUGCCUGCAGUGGUCUCCUGCAGUUAGAUAGGUGGUGACCAGGGACUGGGUCUUUUUAGUGUUGGCACCCUUCUUUGGAACACCCCCCUUGGUCCACAAUCCUAGUGCCUCCUCUUAGCUCUAGCUGUCAGGUAAAUACAAUUUUAUUCACCCAGACUUUAAACUUGCUAAGCAUUUGCUGCUAUUGGAAUACUACAAUUUUCGAAUCAGGUCAGUUUAUCUUCAGUUAAUUUAGAGUUUUAAUAUUUUGACAUUUAGUGUGGAUUCUUUUUAAAGUUCUGUUGAUUUUCAUCCUAUUAUUUGUUUGUUUUUAUUUGCUUGCUUGCUUAGGUAUAUAAAUAGUUGUUUGUGAUUGGAGGUAAACAAAUACAGUGAUGACUGUAAUGUCGUGGGAGCAAAUAAGGAAUUGUACCUAGCUGCCCUGAAUUGCCUUUAAUCUAAAUGAAAUAAGAUAAUUACUGUCUAGUCAUCCAUGGUAUGGUUUUCCGGACCCAUCCUGGUAUGUUGUGUACCAGCCCUAACAGGUAUUGACAAGAGGCACUAUCUUGUUUGGUUGCCUCCUUCCAUGUGCAGACGCAUUUCCUGCCAUGCUGCCUGCCUCUCCUGUCUUCAUACACUGAUGCAAUUCUCCAGGGACUUAAACAGACACACACACACACACACACACACACACACACACACACCCUUCCUCCUUUGUCUAAUUCCCUAGAAUGUCAUUUUCCUGGACAUUUUCAGGGCUUUCCCUGUUUCCUAGCGAUUUCUCACAUACGUUAGUAGGGAGUGCCAGACAGAGCCUUGAGGUGGAAACCACCAAGACGUGAGCUCAGUUGAAAUGCACGGGCGCAGAGCAGUGCCGCUGUGCAACUCCUGCUCAUUUCACUGGUUGUGUGGGGUUUUUAUUAAAUUAUGUCCUGACUUCCCUUAAAAAUUCACGGUGUAAUCAUUGUUAGUGCGUCGUGAGGGUGCCAUUUGGUUUCUCUGCUGAUGCAGGCACUAAAAUAACUUGGGGUGUCCCUGUUGCCCACCAUCAUGACCCCUCCCCUCUGCCCGUUGCCUCUGCAUCAUCUUAGUAGCCUUUAGUUCCCUCUCUGCUGCUAGGUCUCCCCUUCUCCGUAUCCAAUGACUUUUUGCCCGGCAGAGAAGUGAAAGAAAACAUCUGCAGUGGCAGAGCAGCACAAAUGAAAGGGGAGACUUAGGAGCCAUGGAGUAGUCUCACAUUGUGCAGUAGCAACACAUGCAUGGGGUUUUUUGGGGGGCAGGCUUUUGUUAGGGGGCAAAACCUCAGAUUUGUAUUGAUUUCUAUUGAUUGGGGGGGCAGCUGUCCCCCCUGCCCCCCUUGGCUAUGCCCAUGAGCACAUGGUUAGUUUGUGCAGACACGGGGUAUAAUCUGUCAUCAGCACAACAUGGGUAUAACAAAUUGAUUUCUUGGGGUGAGAGGGGAUGUGCUUGUGCAUGAGAUAUAAGCAUGUUUGUAUUUGCCCCCUUACCACAAGGAGAUCAAGACAGCAUAUAUGGGGCUAUCACACAUAUAUACAACAACUCUGUAGGUGUGAGAGAGUUCAGUUUUAUUAUUAGGAUUUAUCUCAUGAUAGUUUUGAUUUUUAUACAUCACUGAAUACUGUAAUGACAGAAGGGUGGAAGAAAAUAUUUUAAAUAAAUAAAAUAAAAAGUAACAUUAGUGCUCUGAACCCUGAAACUUAUUCCCCAUUGCCAUUUGUUACAUUUUUAUGUGUUUGACAAUCACAAUUUCACCUUUUUGCAUUCUGUAAAAACAUUCAGGCUUAGCUAUAAAGUUUGAGAUGAGUAAUUUCAUGUUCCAAUGAAUGGAGUAUUUCAUGGGUCUUGUUUUUGCUGCUGCACAGACUGAUACACAGCUAUCCCUCUGGAAAUCAUUCCUAUGGAUAUGUACAAUCUAAUUUCGGGUAGGGAACUUACUUAGUAACAGAGCUUCUCCCUCCUAUCUGCAUUUACAUAGUUUCUUUCUUUUCUUCAUAGAUUGAGCUGCAAAAGCGAAAGAUGAAGCAAAAGGAACUGUUUAUAUUACAACUUUUAGAAAAAAUAUCAUUCCUUGAAGGAGAGGUAAGGAUUAUAUUUGGCUAAUUACUGAAAGUUAUUGUUUUUAACUGAUACUUAGCCAAUUAUCUUUCCCAGUGUAAAAAUGCCUCAAAACUCUGCUAGUUCUGUUAGCCCAGUACAAAUAUAGAUACAAAUUUAAUAAUAUAAAAGUUUAACAACGCAGAACAUUUAUAUACUCUCAAUCUGGAAAAUUCAAAAACAAAUAUGAAACAUUUCUGAUCGAGGCAGCAUAAUAUUAUAACUAGUAAGAAUCAAGUGUCAACAAGAAGAAAAAAGAGGGGGGAACCAUAGAAAAUGUAUAAACAGAAAACAAUACACUAUUAAUUGAGUACACUCGUCAGCUGUAUUUGAGUGGCAGUCUAGAGAUUUGAGUGAGUCAGGAGCAGGGAUGAUAAUGAACUAAGUGCUUCCUGUAUUAGGUAAUGCAGACCAGGAUGUGUUUGUGUGAAUGUGAAUGUGAGGGGAAGGGCAGAGGAAAUGGAAAUCCAAUACUUUUUCCUUUUAUAGGAUCACUGUAGCCCAGUGGUGUGCAGUCAAUGGACUGUUAGGGGACUAGACUAGUCCCCUAAAUGUUCUGAUUAAAUUAAAGUAUUAAAGCCUGGCGCCUCCUUCCCAAAGCCCAGGAAGCUUCUGCCCAGCUUAGGGAGGGAGGUGUGAUGCUCACGUGUACGACAUUGCCCCAUCGCCCUCGCAAGCUGGCGCCUCUGGCCCUAACUGUUCUCCUACAAAAUAUGUUGCCGCACGCCACUCUUGUAACCAUGUAGAGCUAUAUGUUAUAAGGGGGAUUGAUUAUUGUCUGGAAGACUUGCAUACAUAAUAAAUUAAGCCAAACUGUUGUGAAGUUAUCCUUUUGUUUCUGCUCCUUCAACAACCAUAAUUUAUUAGUUAGUUUUUCCACCAGGCCAAUGUCCCAUACACUUUUGUAUGAAUGAUCUAAGUUUACCAUGAAAUAUUUUUCCAAUGUCUAGCUAAAAUAUUCCUAGACACUAUAUCACAACUAAUUUUGUUAGAUUUUAAUUAUGGUGUGUGCUGCCUUCUACUUUUGGAUUAACUUGUAGGUUGGUUUUGUGGUUUGUAUUAGAUAGCAAGUCUACUUAGGCAGCACCUAUCUUCCUACAUGUUCUGUGAAACACCUAUUUUUCAGGCACUCAACAAAUAAAAAAAAAUUAUAUUUGUAUUUUGCACAGAUGAGCAGUAAGAUGUAAAGAGAAGCCUGUGAAAAUUAAUAGAAACGUCUUUUCACAUUUGUGGUUAGAUUUGGGAGGGGAAAACACAGGAAGCUGCCAUUUGCAGAGUCAAACCAUUUCUCCAUCUAGCUCAGUAUUGUCUACUCCACCAAUGGUUCCCAAUUGGUUAAGUUUUGUGGACCUCCUGUUUUUCAAAAGCCGAUCCAUGGACUCCAUGUUUUUGACUAUGGUAGUUUGUGUUACGUGAAUGGUGCCACGGACCCCCUGGGUCAGUUACGCGGACUGCCUAGUGGUCCGUGGACCAUCAAUUGGGAACCACUGGUCUACACUCUACAUUGACUAACAGCAAUUCAACAGGAUUUCAGAAAGAGGUUUCACCCAGCCCUACCUGGAGAUGCUUGGGACUGAACCUGGGGCCUUCUGCACACAAAGCAGAGGCUCUACUGCUGAGCGACAGCUUUUCCAGGAAAACCCCGGAAGCUAGAUCAGAGUGUUAGCAUCUCAUUGCUCCCACUUGCAAAACCUGUCAGAACCCAUAGGAGCUGUGACAUGAAAGGUAGCGAAGCACUGGAUAAGUCUCCCCUGUCCAUAGGACGCUCUCCUCCAAAUCACUCAAAAAAGGAGAGGGUAAGAGAAAAUCCAGAUUGAGAGAGGAGAAUGUGUGGGAAGGCAGCUAUUGGAGGAGAAUGUCAUAUGAACAACAGAGAAUUAAUGGAAGUACAAGAAGCUAACUAUCCACACUGAAUGACAGUAAGGAUGAGUCCUAAGUCCAACACUCUCCACUCCUCUCCCAUGCCAGCUUUCAUCUUUUUCCUUUCUCACUUUCUGCACCUCCAGUUUAAGAAAUUCCCUAUAAGCUUCCUUUUAAACACCUCCUGCUCCCCCACCUCUGUUGUCUUAAUGUUCUCCUUCAAUGGUAAAAAUAAAUAAAGCAAGCCUCUCUUAAUCUAAAGCGAUUAAAUGAUAGGCUAUGCAGUGGCAGUGGUUAAGAGUGUUGACUUAGGACAGGGGAGGAGACUCUGGUUCGAGGCCCUCCCUGGGUGACCUUGGGACUGGUCACCAUCUCUACGGCUAACAGGGUUCAGCAACAGGGGUGGGGCCUGGAGCAGGAGGAGUCAUGUACACUAUCAUGAGCUUCUCUCAAAAAUUAAAAAAGAUACUAAUGAAGAAAAUUUCUGUGAGGGAAGUCCUUUGCUUUACAGUAUGCAUGUGUAACAAUUAAUUGCAGGGCCUGCUGGGAUAUUGAACUGAAGAAUUGAGUUGUCAAUUUUGUAUGUUUCAGAAUAAAGAAUUACAAGACCGUUUGGAUUACUUGAUGGAGUCACAGUCAAGGACUGAUGUAGAAACCAGGGAUGUUGGAGUAGGAUGUGACCUUCCACUGAGGUAUCUGGGCUUGAAUCCAUUCAGGGGGAAUCCUUUUUAGCCCACUUCGUUGAGAGACUGAGACAACUAAAGCAGCUGCCACCCCUUUGCAAAUUCAUGGAAUUGUGAAGGUUUUUUUGGAGGGGGAACAUGGGCAGGUGGGCAUUUCCGUGGGUGAAAUGGUGCUUCUUCAAGGCCAAAUGAGGAACAGUGAUUUGUCACGCGUAAUAAACUUUUAUAUGCUUGCUGUGUUUCAGCUUGCCAGAGGAGCCUGAAGUCUUAGCGGCACGCUGAAUAAGUCAUUUCACUAGAGCAGUUUAAUGAAGCACUAAUAAGAUUACUCAGUUAUGAUUUUGCCCUUCUGACAUUAACAACCAGCUACGCUGGUUUCCAGAGCUUCAGCCUAGAGGCGGCGAUAAUAAGACAAGUUAAGAAAUUUCCAGGCCGUGUGACAGCUAUUUAUGUGAUGCUUCCUGGGGACCCUCAAGGUGCCAAAGCAUCUAUAUGUGGUUCAUUUGGAAAUUUAUCAUUGACCUUUACUCUGCUUAGCUUUAUGGAGCCCUUUAUUUUUCCUGUUUAAUUUUUAUAAGUAAAUAAGAAUUAAUGAUUUUUUAUGGCUUGAGGAAAGCUCUUAAGGCCCUAAACCAAAAGAAUGUGUAUGGGGAACGUGGCAGAUGUUCCUCAGUUUGUAGCAACUUGGCGAAUGCCAGUAAAACAAACAAACCAGGAAGAGGCUUUUUUCACGCUGUUUAUGAAUAGCUAAUUGCCAUUCAUCAGGCAUAGGCUUAAUGUAUUUUCUGCACAACGAAAUAAAGAGACCCAAUAAUAUCCAAAUACAACCUAUAUUAUACUAAUAAUAAGUUUUCAACCAUGUGCAAAAGUGUUAAGUAGCAAUUAAUACCAACAACUAUGGAUCACUGGUAAAACAUCUGUUUAAAUAAAGUCUUUUGCAAGUUCUUAUACAUAAAUAAUAACUUCUAGUUCCUGGGGGGGAAGUUCUUAAUCAGAUUCCAGUUUGAAUGCUGAAGUCUCUGAAUGCAUGUGUCUCUGGGGACUUGCAUGUACUUCACAUGUGACCCUUAAACAGACUUGUGAGAGGGGAAUGCUUUCUGUGGGUUGAUCGUGUGCCACUCUGGCACAUGGUUCCAGGUUCCAGGAAUUCACACCAAGAGCUUGAGUUGAAUGCUGAAGUACAAGAUAUAUUAAGGUAGGGUGGGGAAAGGAAGUUCAAUUACACACUAAAUAGUGUGUUCCUUGGGCUCCCCCCCCCCCAAUAAUCUACUGCACUCUAACCCCCAAAGUGGAGAAAGAGAUCUCCAGUGGAGAACAGACAAAGAGAGAGAGGUUGCUAACUAGAGUAAAUUUAAAGGGUUGGGAAUCAGAGGAGUUCCUGCAGUUGCAAAUGACUAAAUAACUAGUGGGUGUGGGUGGGUGUUGAUUCUAGGGCCAAGCAUCCAGGCCAGAGUUCCUCUGCUUCAGGUACUCUUACGAUUUUUCAGCUCUUGGUACCCACAAGCUCUGACAUUCAGUUGCUCUGAGUAAGACUGCAGUGGGAAGCAGAGGAGAAUGGUGGGUGUGUGCAGAAAGAAGUUCCAAGCAUGUGCCAGAAUCUGUUCUCUUUUUUUGGAGUCUGGUUUCAAAGGAAUGGCUGGAAGAGAAGGGGAGAAAGGAGACAAAGGCUGAGCUUUCCCUACCCUUAUUAGUUAAAAAUUCAUUUGAAGCUCUUCUUGAGAUUGCUAUUGUGCCUCAGGUGUGAUGUUUUUAUGCUGGUUCCUCAGGAAGUAUGAUACAAGUAUUGUCUUAUUUGCCCAGGUACUUAAUAACCCACAUAUGAACCAAAGGUUAUUGUUUACCUUGAUUUGCAUGAUAGGUAGAUCUUCUACCUACACUUUGGGAGGGGGGUGAUUGAAGUCAUCUUUUGUGGGGCUCAGUAGGUCAACCUUUUGUAAGCCAGUUACUGUCAAUUCCUGUGGGUGUUGCAGUGUAAAAAAUUUGAGAGUCAAAUUACCUGCCCCUGGGGUUUAGGGAGAAGAGCUAUUCCCAGCAUGCAUCACUGUUCUCCCCACUUUUCCAGUUCAGUGUGUGGAGACUAAAGGUGGACUGCAGUGGGCUGCCAUGUUACAAUAAGUUACAUGUUAGAUGCAAUUCUUCCAACAUGCUGUGUCUUUUUUAAAAAAUAAAGAACUAGCAGCCUCAUACCCAGUGUUGCUUGGGAAUUCCAAGAAACCAAAAACCAGUGCAGUUUUGAAAGGUUCAGUCCAACAUUUUGAUUCAAAAUGGCAUCCAGAUGUAUCCAAAGAUAGAUCAAGACUUGCUCCUUGGUCUCAGGAACCAUCAUGCAAAAUUUGGUUUUGAUAUUUUAAGGUCUCCAAAUAACGAACCAUCAAACAAUUUUCUAAAACAUGUAGAAGAUUUGUUUCUGGUUACCAGCUGUGCUGCAUGAAGGACUUUCCUCACUCUACUGGCUCAAGGAAAGAGUUAUAUUUGUUGUGGAUUCCUUUUCAUUGGUUUUGAUCAGCCAAACAGUAUUGGUUGAUUUCUCGAGUGUCUAACAUUUUGUGCUGUUGGUUUUCAUUCCUAGCACUGAGAACAGCGGCACAUCUUCCGAGACAUCAAAGCCUGCCAGGACAUACACUCCAUUCAAGAGAGUGUUGGAGUAUUCAUCAAAGCGCAGCACAACUGCCAUCAUUCCAGGCCCAGGAACUCCUCACACAUGUUCCAGCGUCUUGAAACUCUGCAGCUUGAAGGACUGAUGAGGCAGGGAAGCCUUUCAGACACUUUGUUCAUGAAGCUGCCCUGUAUUUAUUCGCAAGGGAACCAACCAAAGGUGAGCAAAACCUCUGCCUCUGUUCCUUUUUUAGAGGAAGGAGUAUGCAAAGUCACCUGCCACAUUUUGAGCACACCUGAAGGAGAGGCUGCUGGACAGCAAUCCUAACUGCACAUGGAAACUCAUUUCUCAUUUGAACUUUAAUCUAAUUCUACUUCACAGAAGUGCCAUUUUCUUUCCUUGACUAGGGCAUUAAUUUCAAUGUUACUCCUUUCCUUUUUGGAAAAGUGGUAGUUACAGCCAAAGAUAUAUUGGCAGUUUGCUUGGGAAGGAAGUCUCUGCUUUUUUAGCUCUUUAAGAUGCUGAUUCUGAAAACACUGAAUGGGACCAUGGUGCUCCUGAAGAGGGAGGCAGGGACCACCACCAAGGAAGCGUGCCAGGGGUGCUCUUGUGAGCUUUGUGGAAAGGAAUGAAAUUUGUUGGGUUUCUGCAACAAGGCACGUAGCUUUCUAAUCUUUUAACUACCAAGUUUAUUUCUGAGAUUCACAGUUUCUUUUCAAAGGGACUUUUUCAGUCUUUCAUACCCACUUCUCAUCUGUCUCCAGGAAAUAUAGCAUUGGUUCUUCAUGUAUUUUAAUACCUGGAAAUACUUACGUGUCUAUUUAUAACCUUCCUGUUUAACAAAGUCUAUUAUUUUGUAUAUUGAAAAUCCCUGAAUGCUGUUCCCCUGAAAUAUGGUUAAAAAUCCUUUGUACUGAAGCUUAAGCCACAUUUGACUAACUCACUGUAUAUGCAUUUUUAUAAUGUGCUAUGUUGUAUUUUAAUGUCAUUUAACAUCAGUGCUGGAGGGGCUAGCUAUUCCUCAAGGAAUACACAAUGUGUAAGAGUUAACAGGGGAAAUGUUGAUUUAAAAUGAUUAGCAUCAUGCUUUUAAAGACUCUGGCCCAUUGUCACUGUGUUUCACAUUUGACUAUACUCUUUCAACAGAGCUCUUGUUAUUUUCAUGUAUGUGCACUACUUAAUUAGUAAAUAAAAAAAGAACACUGUAUAGGAAGUCUGAGGCCAUAUGAGUCACUUGGAUAACUCUGCACAAGAGAACUAAUUGCUUAGGAUACCAUCCAGCCACCUCAGUUCCUUCCCACUUGGCUCUAGUGUGCCUGUUUGAAUAAAUAAUUUUUGCAAAUUGUACCAAAGGCAACAUAUUCUACAUUUACAAAUGGAGGGAAAACCUAAAUAUGCAGUAUAUAUUCCCUGUGAUGUUAUAUAUUCCAUUUAUAUUGUUAUGAAAUUGUUACUGUGGGUGGGACUAUCAUGCCUUUGCCCUUGGCUUCCCAAGGCAAUACGUGGUCAGAGUCUGGGAUUUGAUGAAGUAAUGUUAAUGGUUUCCAGUGUGAGUGAAUGCCUAGGAAGUAGUUUGAGAUUGUUCUGGAAGGUUGUGAAUGGAGAGAGAGACAUCGGAGAUUGAGGAAGAAGAGUGGCAUUCCUGUUGCUGUCAUGGGGAGGAGGCGGAAGUCUCUGAGUGAAGCAAACUGCACUUUGCAGCAGAAGGAGAGAGUGCAGCGCUGAGGGAGCUGAAACGUUGAAAGCACCUGGGUGUGCCUCUUUCUGGAGAUUUGAUUUAUUGCCAUUUGUAAAUAAAUCUGAUAAUACAAAAUGC